AGCGAAGCUGGCAGCUGACUGGGGUGCACCGCGCUGGGCUCCGAGGGCACCACCGGCCGGGCUACCAUGUAUUAUGUCAUCGCCGCCAUGAAAGGUGAGUGACGGCUGCGGCCGGCUGGCCGGGGGGAGGAGGAGGCACAGUGCGGGCACACAGGGCACAGUGCGGGCACACAGGGAGCAGGAGGGAGCCUGGCAGCACUGGGCGACACUGGCAGCCGGAGAGAGAGACUCACAGACCGGGCACACUGACUGACUGACUGGCCACCGGGCACACUGACUGGCAGCAUGAGGAACUAGUUACCUGAGCAGGGGGCAGCAUGAAGAAUAGCAGAGGGGUAGCCUUGACUGGCAUAGGGGUAAUAUGAGAACUGGUUCCCUGGGCACACUGACUGGCAGAGGGGGAGCAUGUUCCUUGGGCACACUGACUGGCAGAGGGGGAGCAUGUUCCCUGGGCACACUGACUGGCAGAGGGGGAGCAUGUUCCCUGGGCACACUGACUGGCAGAGGGGGAGCAUGUUCCCUGGGCACACUGACUGGCAGAGGGGGAGCUUGGUUCCCUGGUCACACUGACUGGCUACCGGGCACACUGACUGGCAGAGGGGGAGCAUUAAGAACUAUUUGGGCACACUGAGUGGCAGGGUGAGCAUGGAAAGCUGGGCACAAAGACUGGCAGAGAGGCAGCAUUGAAUGGCAGAGGGAUAACAUGAAGGGCUAGUUAGCUGGGCACUAAUAGCAGAGAGGCAGUAUUAAGAGCUACCUGGGCACAAUGACUGACAGGGGGGGGCAUGGUUAGCUGAGCACACUGACUGGCAGAGGGGGAGCAUGAUUAGCUGGGCACAUUGACUGGCAUAGGCGGCAUGGUUAGCUUGGCACACUGACAGCAGAGGGGUAACAUGCUUACCUGGGCACACUGACAGCAGAGGGGGAGCAUGCUUACCUGGGCACACUGGCAGAGGGGGAGCAUGCUUACCUGGGUACACUGGCAGAGGGGGAGCAUGCUUACCUGGGUACACUGAUUGGCAGAGAAGGAUAUUGUUAGCUGGACACACUGACUGGCAGAGGUAGAGCAUGGAUACCUGGGCACCCUGACUGGCAGAGGGGCAGCAUUAAGAGCUAUCUGUGUACAGUGCUUAGCAGAGGGAACAUGCAGAGCUAUCGGGCAGUCUGGAAAUAUGAGGAGCUCCCUACCUGGGCACAGCCAGUGCAUGCAGGCCUUUAAGGUAAGAAAGGGUGAGGGCAGGACUGUGGGCAGUAUGCCCAGCCACUCAGUACACUUUAGGUCAGGGGAUAGUAAAGCUACAUGGGAUUUGUUCUUCUACAACUGCUGGGCACUUAAGGUUUUGGCUCACCUGCCUAAGGGGGAAUUGGGUCAGAAGUUAACAGGGAGUUGGAGAUAAAGGUCAUCCAGUGGGGUGUAGGGGAUAACGGUCAUCCAGUAGGGAUAUAAGGAAUAUUGGUCAUCCAGUGGGGUGUAGGGGAUAACGGUCAUCCAGUAGGGUGUAGGGGAUAACGGUCAUCCAGUAGGGUGUAGGGGAUAAUGGUCAUCCAGUAGGGUUGAAGAGGAUAACUCCAGAGGAGGGGGGGGUGGGGGUGUUGCUGUUUUUUUUUACUUUGUAAUACAUAUUAUCAUUGUUUUUAUUUUUAAACAUUUUUUUUUCCUGCCUGUAGAAACUGUAAAGUGUUGCUUGUGGUUGAGAUUAUAGUGCUGGAAGAGAGACUGAGUUGAUUUUGUCAUAGUUUGUGUUCUAUUGUUUAUCCUACCUACCUUUAAAUGUUAGAGCAUCACAGUAUUCCCCAAAGUUAGACUCCAACAGUCAGGGUAGAAAAGUCCACAAUUUCAGGGACUGUGAGCGGCUUAAAAUAAGGUUAGUUACUUAUCAUGUAUGGAUUCUGUUCAGGACCCUGCAGUCCAGUUUCUUAGCCUGUUUUGCAUGUUCUUUUGUAUGAACCAGUGGUUGUUUUUUUUUUGUGUGUGUGUGUGUCAGAAUUGUUCAUGAAUUCAGUAGAAAUCAGCAGGCCUGCAAAGUAUAGAGUUUAGGAAAAAUAACAUUGCACUAAGUUUAUACACAGGACCACAUCAGAGUUCCAAUAAUGAGGUGCUAGCUUUAGGCAAGCAUGAUUGUGGACUGUGAUUCUAUGAUGCUCAGCCAGCCACUCAGCUGGCUGAGGAUCAUAGGAAAGGUACUUCACAAUAGUUUGUGUCAAAGGUUGGUCCUUAUUGGCUUAGAGUACCAGACAGCAGCUGUUAGCAUGGUCCUGCCUCAGAAUACGAAAGCUGUGGUUUGUCUAUGUGUGGGUACCCCGACUAUUACUCUGAACAUGCUCGCUCAUUGUCUAUUUCAUAUAUAUAUAUAUAUAUAUAUAUAUAUGUGGCUGUUUUAUAAGUGAGGUUGUGGAUAUUGUUUCCUUUGAAGCCCACACAAUCUCCAGAACCAUCUGUAUCAUGCCACUAAAUAAGACAGUUUUAGUAAAGCUAUAACUUCAUUAAAUAAUAAAAUCAAAUAGUAUGGGUCAAACAUAUAGUACUUUCUCUCCUUACCAUCAUUGUGGUUAUACCAUACUAUACUUUGGUAUGUUCUAAAGUGAUUUUAAAAAUAAUAGAUUUGUUAUCUGUCGACAUAUUAAUUACAAGUUGCCAUUCGUUUGAGUAAUGUGUGCAGAUAUAGAUGUGGUUGGGAUUAUAUUGAAAUAUAUUCCCACGUUAUAGAUAUCUAUAUCACUAUCUCUCACAUCCACGUCUAAAUCUAUGAAUACGCUGAGAUCCUAGAUCCUUAGAUGACAAGCUUAAUUGGGUAUUAUGAAAAAUUGUGUUAAAGGCCUCGGAAGAGUGACUUUAAUAAUCAUUGACUUAUUUAAUAUAUAACGUAUGUUACUUUUUAAAAUUGCAGAUUUUCUGUGAGUAUUUACUUUCCAAUUUUUUCCGUUUAGUGUUUUUUAUUUUGCGAUUUGUAUUUUUGCAUAGCUUCCUGUAAUAGUUUAGGGUAAUUUGAGAGCUGAACAGUCACUGUGUUUCAUUAUUAUAUCACAAAAUACUAAACAGUAGUCGUGCUCUGUAAUCUAGCGGUGCAGAUUGCCAAAUGAUGGUCAGCAUUACUUAAGCAUCGAUUAAUGUUUAAUUAAACUGAGCAUCUUUUAAUAGCUGUCUGUUGACCUUGAGGCAGGAGGUCAUAUUCAGGUCUUAUUCAGCUCCCUUGUAUAGAUUUUUUUUAUUUUUCCCCCCAUGAUAGGAUAUUUGGCUUUACUAUAAUCUUAAUAAACAGACGUAAACUGUGGCCUGUGUAGAUUAUUUUAGAGCAAAUUAUUUUGAAAAGGUAAAAUUCACUGGUGCAAAAAUUGCCAAAGUUUAAGUAAAUUUCUCUGAUUACCAGCAUGUCACUCAUUUCUUAAAGCUAAGACAUAUUGUUGAUAAUGUGAUUUGGGGUCUGUGAGGUGGUGAUCAUGUUAGUUUCUCUUCGCUAAACAUGUUUCGAUAUUUUCCUGUGUGGGCAGUGGUCUUGUUGACAACAAAAUACACGAAACUUGCAAGGGAUGUUAAAAAACAUAAAAAAGCAACUACUGGUUUAAUAUGAUGUAGUAGCACAUGUGUUUUUAAAAUAUUUUAUUAUUUUAUUUUACACAUAUGUGUGAUGCUUUUUGCAUUUAAGAUAUUAGAAAGCUGGAAUGAUAGCUUUAAAAAGUUUAGUGACAUUUUUUUGGUAUGCAUAUAUCAGUACAAUAGCAUCAGUUUUAUUGUCAUUGUCACAGCGUAAACUUUUUUUUACGACUGCAACUGUUAAUUAAUUAUAUGUAUAUAUCUCUCUUUAAAGAUGUAAAUCUUUAAAUAUUAUGUAGUGUGCUCUCUGUAAUACUGUAAUACGACUGUCAUGUUCAGACAUUAUACAUACAUGCCGCGGCAUUGCUAUAAUUCAUACAUGUUUUUAGUUUUUUUAUUUAAAUUGGAUCAGUAAGCGCUGUCUUUGACUUGAUAGAUUAGCAUUGCACAAAGUUUUACCAGGCCUGGUAUAAGGAUAAUUAUUGGAAAAAGCUAGUUAAUUAGGAAGGAAGGUUUGGACUUUUUUGUAAAUAGUUUGUGAAACGUCGCUGUGCUGUAAAGUUCUAGGCGCAGUUAAUUCUGGGUAUCAAUGAGAGCAUAUGACAGGAUUAUAUAUACAGAGUGACAAGUUUGUAUUUUAUUUUAGAAACAAUUGCAUCAUUCUGCAGGACGAAUGGCUUUGUAAAAUACGUGACGUAAAAGUUUACAUCUAAAUACUAAAUAUAUCUAAGGUUUGAACUGUGAAACUGUGUGUCAACUUCCAAGUGUGUUUUAUGAUAAACUAAAAGGAACGCACACGUUUUAAAGCUCUCAACGUCUAGACCUCUUUAACAUCUAACAGGUUUAAAAUGAAAGAGUCCAUUCUAUAACACUUUCACAGUGGUACCAUUGGUGUAAUAUAAGAAUUUUUCAUUAAACCUGGGAUUUGUAUGAAUUCAUCCAGGAAUUUUAAUAUUGGAUCAAAAUCUGUUAAUUUGAGAAAUUUUACAAAUUUCAUGUUUUAGCAAUUUGACUGUAUUCGUCUAAAAUCUGUAAUUACCUUGUAAAUUCUCCAAAAUGUCCAGUACAGUAAAUAAACCCCAUGAUGUACCUAGAAUUCACAAUCACUAAUUAUAAUAUUAUAUGUUUUCAUUUAUAUCUGAGUGUUCUGUACUGCUUUGUGCAGAUUUGAAAAACUCUGUAGAAGGAGUCUGAAUAUUCAGAGCAUUGGAUUGGCUGAUUUUUAGCCGCUGUUGAAAUUUUAUAUUUUACUAAGAAAAUGCUGGCUAUGGUAUUGUAUAUUGGAGUUUAAUAUAUUGUCUGAAAAUGUGAUCAUAUGUAAGUUUAGUCAAUAAACUGGAUUAAUAGCUGCUUAAAUAUGGGAUCUAAGCGUACUUAGUCAAUACAAUGGGAAUUGUAGAAAAUCCUCUAAUUCUGCUAACUUUCUAGUUCUUUUGACCUAAAAUUUACAAAUACUUAGUCAAUACUUGUCUGUUUCCAGGGUUGGAAAUAAUCCUCUAAAUGUAUAGCUAUAGUUUGUAUUAAGGGUUUAUUUAACUUGCUAAAUUUAGGCGCCAAAGUGAUAUAUCCCAUAAAAUAUUGCAACCAAUUACAAAGUGGUACAGUGCAUGAAAAGUGCUACUAAAAUUGCUGUAUGUGAUGACCGCAAUCCUCAAACAUACACCAAUAUUUUAUAUAGUCGAUAUAUAUAUUUCAUAGAUAAAAGAUUCCCUAUAUUUGCUCAAGUCUUAUAUUCAAACAUCUAUUUACUUUUAUUUGUGCUUUAGCAGGUGUGGUGCAUCACAUUUUUCAUUACCUGUAGUUCAUCUCAGCCAUUGUGAACUAGUUGUAUUACUGUAUGUCGAGAUAUUUAGCACUUUGUCCAUGUUUUGUGCAUUUAGUCAAAGCCUCUUCCCUUCUUUUCCUAUGCCAAAACUACAUAUCUGACUAUCUUUCAAAGUAAAACUUCUACUUAAAAAAUGGAUUAGAAGAAUCUUGUUUUGGAACACUGUUAUUCUAUGGAAGAUAGGGGCUUUGUGUUUUAUUCUUCUAACUCUGUGUGUAUUGGCUAACAUAGUUGGGAGCUUCUUUCCAAAUCCAGAGGUUUCGUGAGACCCUAUGGAAAUGAGGGAGCUUUAUUAAGGUAAAACAGGCGCUAUUCUGGCUGCACAGUCCUAAAUGUUGAGAAAUUGGUGAUUGUCCUUGUUUAGCAUCUUGCACCAGUUUUUGUCUUAUUUACUAAGCAGCGAGUUUUGUUGACGUGAAGACUGCUGUGCACAAUAUCAGUUGGGGACUAAAAUUAAAACCCAAAGUCACAUGAAAUGGAGUUUUUAUUCAACGCAUCUAUUUAAGCUUAAACUUUACAAAUAUGUCAUCAAACCAGCACAACUCUCUAUUUGUUUAAUAGAACCAUAUUAUUUCUCUAAUUUGAGACUUUUAUUUGCUUUGUCCUUUGGAGAUUGUAUUUCAGAAAUGUGAUUGGCACAAAUUCUAAACAGAAUAACAAUAAACCCAUAAAUAAGUGUUCCUGACCGUACUGAUCCAAAUAACCUGUAAGAGAUAAGUUGUUGCAGGUCCCUUUUAGAGAUUGGUACAUAGUAAUAAUAUAAUAUUAAAACAUCAAAGCCAUACGAAACGUGUGUCUUGGACACAAGUGACUGACAUAGAAUUUAGAAAAAUAUUUUUUUUUUUUUUUUUUAAUCAUGGAAUGUAUAAUACUUACAAAUUAUUUAUAAUUUUAUAUGCGUCUAUUUGAAAUAUAUGUAAUACAAAGGCUACCUUUAAAAAUAAAAUAAAAAAUGAAGAUGAAAUAUCUUUUUCUUGCCAGGUAUUUAGGGAAGAAAGUAACCUUUUUUUUUUUUUUUUUUUAAAUUGGUAUGUGGAUCAUCAAAAUCUUAAAAUGUUUAUAUUGUGCCUUCUAAUCAAUGGUAAUUCCAUGUAUUACAAUGACGAUAUAAGCACCAGAUUUAGUUAUUUCAUUGAUUUUGUGCACAUGUAGACAAAUUUAACUAUUAUUUAAAAAGGAAAAAGAGAACAAAAAUUUUCCUCUACAGGAAAACGCUAUGUGUGUGUGUGGGGGGGCGGUUGUAUGAUAUCCCCAUUCGCAAUUUAUUAUAGAGGUUACAUUGUAAGAGACUGAAAGGUCAACUAAAUAAAGCCUUUAUUGCAGCAGUAUUCAUUCAGUGAGAUUGAAUCAUAUUAUUUUGGAGCACAAUACAUUGCGUUAACGGUGAUAAAUGAGGUUUUGUGGUGGACAAGGGGAAAAAGGCAUGCAACCCCGGUCAUAGGGAGAGGUUAAUUCCAAGAAUAUAACUGUUAAAAACAUAAAUGAUAUGCAAAUAGUUAGUGAUAUGAAACUGAAAGUCUCACUAGCACACUUUUGGUUGUGUUGUGUAGUUUUGAUCUGUUCCCAUUAAGCUAACUCCUACCUGUGCUUGCCGGCAGUCAUUGUGGUGGUGGAAACCAUUCUUUGAUUUCCCAAGGUCCACCAAAGUACUUGACUUCUCCUUAACUUCUCUAUUAAGUCCUUGCUAGAUCAUAAUUGACAAUUGAUUUAAGGAAAAAGAAAAUGAAGGUGAUGUAGUGGGUAAAAACAAUUGAUCCCUUAUGGACUAGUGAUAUUGUUUUCCAACUCGAAAACGGAUCUCUAAAACCAGUAUGGAAUGUGUCGAUUUUUUGAUAUUGGGAAGUUAAUAUUAUUUCUAUAUUUGUUACCAAAAAAAAGAAUGUUACAAUGAUAUCGACUGUGUUUUUCCUUUAAAAUGACAGUCCGAGCACCAUAAACACUACAGCUUAUUGUAGUGGUUACAGUUUGAGAGGUCAUGGGUUUAAUCCUUUUUUUUUUUUUUUUUCCAACCUGUUGUAGGGAGCUUGUCUUGUUUUAAUUUGCCAGCUCAGAAAGGGUUAAGAGCGAUUCAGCAUGAUUGAAUCAUACUUACUGUACAACGCUGUUGAAUGAAUAAUAAGGAAAGUGAAAUAUAGUCAUUAUUGACCUGAUCCCAUGCAGUGGUGAUGGGAUUUGGUUUUUUUGUUAUACCACUGUCAAAUUAUUUUGACAAAGACCCAGGAAGACUGCACCAACAGCCUCCUUACACCAAAUCUUCUAUAGAUGUAUAGUGCGCCUGUCUUCCCCUUAAGGGUUAACAUUAGAUAAGAAUAAUAGUUGGGUGAUCCAGUGGGAUAUUUGAUUGCCAUUUCAAGAGCUGAGGAUAAUUUUAAAACAUUUAAUUUAUAAUUGGGAAAACCUUUUUAGAGAUUUAAAAAAAAAAAAACAUUUUUUUUUUUUUUUGCAUUUUCUCUCGAUCACAAACCGUAACAAGGAAGUGUAAAAGGUUGAACUUGGUGGACCUAAAGCUGUUGUUCAGCCCAUAAUGUGUUAUUUCAUAGUUACUUUAUUGUGCAAAUAUGUAACAGGCUAAAUAAGGACAUUAUAGCUCCAGGGUAAUGCCAUAGCUUUAGUCUGCCGUGAACGCCACUGACAUCCCCUUCAUUGCAUAGCUUGUUGGGAUAUUAUUCCCGAGCAAGAGAGGAACUUUCAACCUGUAUGGAAUGAAAAUCAUUGCUGUAAUAACACCUCUUUUUGCCUGCUCUCUUAUUGAGAGAAGCCACCGGCUAAGCACAAUGCUAAAUCUCUGAUAUCAAUCACAGAGUGAACACUAACAUAGGAAGCUGAAAGGCCUUCAUUUAUUUAACCCGGUAUGCCAGAUACAGGAGACAGAUUUAGCAGUGUACUUUGUCAUCUUAAUAAUAAUCUUAAAAAAAAAAGGAAACAAUUACUCAAAUCUAGAUAAUAGUGGACAUAUAACUUGGGCUAAAGGUAAAAUGAAGAGUACUGGGGGAAAUGUAUCAAGGCAACAUAGAUGCCAUUCUGUGCCAAACUGAGAACUGUUGGGAUAGGAACAUAGAAUGUGACGGCAGAUAAGAACCAUUCGGCCCAUCUAGUCUGCCCAAUUUUCUAAAUACUUUCAUUAGUCCCUAGCCUUAUCUUAUAGUUAGGAUAGCCUUAUGCCUAUCCCACGCAUGCUUAAACUCCUUUACUGUGUUAACCUCUACCACUUCAGCUGGAAGGCUAUUCCAUGCAUCCACUACCCUCUCGGUAAAGUAAUACUUCCUGAUAUUAUUUUUAAACCUUUGCCCCUCUAAUUUAAGACUACGUCCUCUUGUUGUGGCAGUUGUUCUUCUUUUAAGAAACAUUCUAUUGGUUUCCACGGCAAUUGUCCCUUUUUUAACACUUUGUCCAAGAGUAGAUGUGUGUUUGUGUACAGUAUUAGCUGUGUUCUUCAAAAAUCAAAGAUCCUAAAGCAGAAGUGGCUGUCUGUCUGUCACCCUAAUUUUUUUUAAUUAAUUGUUUUUACACCUUGACAUGGUUUAAUCUCUACUGGCUGAGAGUGAUGGGUGGGAAAUACAUUUCUUUUGCUUUUAAAGGUUUUGCAGUGCUGUCUGUGCAUGACAAGAGGGGAGAUCCACUCUUGAUCCUUUACAUUGUUCACAGACAUUGCAUGGUCAUAUAAAAACAUAGAACGAUGUAAAUACAUUUAAAGUGACAUUCUUAUUAAAAAAAAAACACAAAAAAAACAACACAACACUUCCCGUGAUUCUCAUUAGACUCACAAGUCGUGUGCACAAUGUUCCAAAGUUAGGAAAGAAAAAAAGAGAAUUGUACUCUCACUUCAAUGCCAAGAUGUCUGGGGUAAGAAUAGCUUUGCCCACUAUGACACCAUUGACGACCAGUUUUGCCCUGGCUGGUAUAAUUGUAAAUUUUACCACUAAGUGCUUUCUAUUUUUUAUUUGUAGUUCAGUUUAACCCCUUAAGGACACAUGACAUGUGUGACAUGUCAUGAUUCCCUUUUAUUCCAGAAGUGUGGUCCUUAAGGGGUUAAAGAGAAUAUGGAAUAAGAAUGUGUGUUGUAGUGUUAUUUUAUUAUGUGUUUCUCUUUCAGUCUCUCUGUGUGGACAGCAUUUCUGAUAUCUUCUUGAAUUAGAUGACGCAAUAUGGCACAGGCGUCUUCAACUGGCUCAUAUUAGGAGGGUGCUAGUCUUAAGAACAAAACUAAAGAUGACAGUUAUGCGUCACCAGACGCAACAGAAUCCCUGUGUGAACAGAACAUUUAAAACCCCCACAUUUUUCUCUACCAGUUAACUUUCUUGAAGUCCCACCUGGAUGACCUGUAGAAACCUUUUGUUGACCAAAAUAAAUACAUAAAUGAACCAAAUAUGUAAAAACAGAGUUUAGAGACUGUUGUCAGAUCUGCUAUUUUGGUCUAAUCUAUCGGUUUUAUGUUCACUACAAUUCACUGUUUAGUGAAGAGGUCCUAAAUCCUAUACUUGUUAGUUUGCAACCUUGGCAGCAAGUUGCCAACGCUUGCCUCUUUAGGAGAGUGAUAGGGGAAUAGGAAGCAGCAAAUGCCCCCAAAUGACUGGGGCAAGUAGAGGAAGUUCUUCUAAUCUUGGACUGCAGCAGGGCCCGAGACAGCAGCCAUGAUUGUCGCAUUCUAGCGAGACAGUGGGUGCAUUAAGUAGCACCCUGGUUGGGGUGGUAAUAGAUAACGAUGUAAGGAUAUUCAGCAGCUCACAAGCAAGUCUCGGGGCGGGUUGGAAAAAAAUAUUUUAGAGGGGUAAAACUUGUUAAAAAUAUAUAUUUACUACGGCAGAAAGACUCUUGCUGUCUAACCUCAAAUAAAGAAUGAAAAAAUAUAUAAAUUUAAAAAAAUGAAAUACACACAAAUCCAAUAUAAGCCAGCACUCCGGGGAUUUCCUUUAAAAACCUUCUUUAAUUUGGAAUUCAAAAUAUACAUGUAAAAAGUCAACAGACAUGUCCUGAUGAAACUUCUCACAUAGGACUGAAACGCAGAUUUAAAUUUUUUUUUAAAACAUGUAUAUUUUGGUUACCAAUUAAAAAAGGUUUUUGAAGGAAAUCCCUAGAGCGCUGGCUUAUAUUGGAUUUGUAUUUAUAGUGUGGCAGACCGGAUAAUAUAUCUACUAUUGUUUGUAUAAUUGUAAUGCAAGGAGAUAUAUAUACACCUCAUAUUUUUUUAUUUUUUUUAAAUCCCAUUAGUUUGAAGUCAAUUAAAGAAUAAAAAUAGAUUUUCAAUUAAGAAACCCCUUGGGCAUAUCCAAGUACAGGGCAAAGUCAUUAUUGACAACAGCUGAUUUUCACCCCGAGGUGGUCCUUGCUCGCUGUGUCAAUCUGUAAUGACUUCUCCAGUGCCAUGCAUUUGACCGGAAGCCGUAGGGUUUUCAGUGGUGGUGGUAACAGACAGCUGUAAAAGAUGUGCUUUCUGUAAGACUUGUACUUCUCUCCAGAUAUUUUUCUCAUUUAGAUAUACAGGGGUAGGCAACCUUAGGCCUUCCUGAUGUGGUGAACUACAUGGUGUUUGUUACCUGUGGCUUUUGAUAAUGAGGGACUUGGGUAUAGUGGAUUCCUGCCUUCAAAGUCUCGCAGGCUGUUAUUUACAUGAUUCUCCGCCAGAUAAAGGCUGGUUAAAGGUGAUAGGAGUUAUUUUACUCCAUAUAGUACCCUGUGCCAUUUCACCAGCAGGUAUUGAAAAAUAAGGCUCAGGGUGCUAAAGUACAUCUAUGUGACACAGACCCAGGGUCAGUAUUCAUUUUCUAAAAAAAUAAAGAGGUUAGGUCUUUGGGCCAUGUAACUUCCCCAGAGGUUGGUGAAAGUGUAUACACUUUGGAACAAUUUACUACAAUAGCACACAUCGGAUUCAUGAAAUUCACAACAUGGCUUUGUGGAAAACAUGGAUUAUCAGAAGCCUGAAUGCACAACUUCCACAAUUCUUCAACUCCUUUACUUCAAAGUUAGUCGUAAGGCUGAAAUUAUGGAUUUCCACCCCUUUAGAUGAUGGCAACGUGUGUGUGUGUAUAUAUAUAUAUAUGUAUGUGUGUGUGUGUGUGUGUGUGUGUGUGUGUAUAUAUAUCUAUAGAUAUAUACACACACACACACACAAGCUGAUCAUACUAGAUGAGUCAGGCCUGUAUUGAUUUUAAAAUCCAAACUGCUGUUUAGGGUUAGUUUUUAUUCUUAGUUUUUCUUAGUAUUCCAGAAGAAAACCAAACAAAAUUAAAUAUAUAAACUGUCCUUUGUAAUAUAGCCACUCCAUAUCUAAAGCAACAUACACCCACAACCCAUUUUAUAAAAUGUUUUAGAUAAUGCCAUUAAAUUUCCCAUCACCUGUAAGAUUACAGCAUGACUGUAUGUAUUGGCUGUGGACGGUACUAGUGAGGCUCGCUUAUGUGAGCUAUCUUGCCUGUAGGUUUAUAUUCAUCCUUGAAUUUUAAUAUAUUGCUAUGUUUAACCAACUCAACCAGCCUGUUUAAAUCAGUGAUUUAUCUGUGAAACUCACAGGACUAUUAAUUAAACCAUCUGUGUGUGUGUGUAUCCAAAUAUGGCAUUGCCUACAUGUGAGAUCUUAGUCUUAGAGCAGAUCGUUGGAGGACCUCAACUGAAGACCAGUCCUAAGACCCUCAAACACUCUUUAUAGUUCAUGGUGUUCCGGGAAAUGUUCUGUUGCCCCUGGAAACUCAUUGCAGCUUACAUCUCUAGAAAUUUGUCAGAAGGAAGGGAAUGUGAUCAACCAGGAGGCAAUAGAAGUGCACACCAUUAACUGCUGUGUACCGAGCAUAGAUACCAGAUAUAGAGUUCAUGUUUGAAGUAACCAGAUCAUAGACUUUAAUAAUCAAUGCUAGGGUAGAUAGCCAGCAUUAACUUCAAGCCCCAUGUUGCUUUACCGAGAUGGCAAAAUAUCAUUAGAUAUACUCUGCAACAGGUUAACUGUAUUCUAAACAUUAUUGUGUCCCUCUUCCUCUGUGAUUUCCUCAGCCCAGCAAAUAAAGGGUUGAAUAACCUUUCUAACACUUACCUAAUUCCAUCCACUUACCUGGCUCAGUUUCUGCCUCUUUCAACAUCGGUGAUGGGAAGGGAACCUAAUGAGCAGCUGCGGCAGGUUCCGCAUGGGGGGAUUUGAAAAACGCUGGAUGUCCUCAUGCAAAACUUGAGGCUGUCCAGCCUCUUUUCACAGAGUUAAACAGCACAAAGCACCUCUAGUGGUUGUCUGGUAAACAGCCACUAGAGGCAGUCUUAACCCUGCAAUACAAACACUGCAAUUUCUUUAAAAGUGGAAUAUUUUACAUUGCAAGGUUAAGGAGGCCGAAGCACUGCACCCAAACCACUUCAAUGAGAUUAAGUGGUCCGGUGCCUAUGGUGUCCCUUUAAGAAAAGCCUCCAUUAUGUACCAUUAAAUGUUUUAUCAGAAAAAAAAAACCCAAAUAAAUGAAAAGUGUCUGUGGUUGGACUGUCUUCUUUUUAUUUUAUUUUUUUACUACCCAAUAACAGGAGGAAGAGAAGCAACAUCUUCCCCAGACUCCUAAGAAUUUGUGAGAACACAUAUACCUCAAUUUUGUGCGAACAACAUUGUGAGAACACAUAUACCUCAGUUUUCUUGGUGGCGUCAAUAGCUGUUGCUGCUGGGAUAACUUGCACUUGGAUGUCAGUUUAAAGAUUCAUGGUUUUUUUAUUUUACUAUCAUAUCUCACAGGCUGGAUUCAAAGCAUAACUGAGCUCAGCCAGCAGAUCUGUUUCCCUAGCAUAAGUGCUAAGAAAGCCCACCCCUUGGGAAAUAACAGGAGUAAUGCUGACAAAUAUAGCUGCAAACAGCAACACUUUCAUGUAUUGUCAGCGGGAUUAACCCUUUCAGGACCCAGGAGACCAGACAUUGCCUGGGUCCAAUUUGAUUAUUUCUCUCCACACCACAGCCUGUGGAUUGGAGAAAGAAGAACGGCCACUCCUCAGAAUCUCCUGGUUUUUGUAAGGUUCCAGGAGAUCCCAAAUAUUAGUGUUCGUUUGUUUUAAUGGCGAUACUCAAUCAGCUGUCAGUGAGUGAAUCCAUCUGAUCUAUCGUAUUAUUUGCAGGGUCUUAUUAGAUUGUCAGUGCCACUGAUAGGAUUAAUGGUAAUGACAUACCUUCUGCCUGGUCUCACUAGAUGCAACAUUAAAGUCCUAGAUUUUUUUUAAUUGUUUUAUUAUGGGGGGGCGUUGAGUUUGUAAAAUCGCAAUGCUAUUUAGUGAAUGAUGAUUUCAUCCGGUGCGCUCUCACCCUGGACAGGUUUAUUUUAAUAAAAUAAUAUUUAAUAGAAUAAUUGACAUCGUAAUAGUAAAUAACAAUUUAGGCAUAACUUUCCGAUAACUCAAAACAAAGUCCUUCAGGGUCCGGUAGAUUAAGCUGAUAAUACCUGCCAUGUUUUUUUUGUGCUUGUGUUGUCAAACCUCCAUUUUGUGUUAUUACAAAUGAUCGCAAUGUAAGUGUACUCGUAUAACUUUCUGGUAUUGUUCCAGAUGCCAACAUGCUGAAAAUGUAUUCGUUCUAUCUUUGCAUGGAUUCCAGGAUAACUGACUGUACGGCGAUCUCUUUAAAGAUGCCUUUUGUAAUACCACUCAGGGCUACUCGGUUAAGUGUGAAUUGUGAGGAGUUAAAAUUUUAUUUAACAUUUUGUUGCAACAUAACCAAACCAGAGGCAUGACUGCAGACCACUUACAUUCACAGCCACAGCUUUAUUAUUCCAACAUAUCAACUCAGCCAGCUUUAUAUCACCACCUGUCGGCUGUUGGGGUGACUACUCAACAGACAGAUACACCGGAUAAUUCCAAGAGUCCGUACAGUCUGCCUUCUGCCAUCAGCCCUGGCAGCUGCGACUCCCCAAAGCCUUGUCUUGCAUUACUUGCGCUGGCCAGGACCUCCGCACUGCGCUGCCGACCCUGAUCUCCAUUUGUCGGCCUCGCGCCCCACGCAGACAGCACCGUUUCAAUCCCUCCUUGGAUACCCACGUUAAAUAUAUCCAGCCCAAUAGGAUUAUGAUUAACCUCAUCUCCCCUCAUUAAACUCCGAUUGUCCCUUUCCAACUCCGUGUGUCGAACCGACACACCGCCAAGGCAUCGAACAAACCUCGAAAUCGCAACAUUAAACUUCCGCCUAGCCCUCUCCAACCCUUUUGCAUGCGGCAAGGCUUGCCAGCACGGAUGGGGGACAAUCUCUGACCAUACCAAACAACACUCUGCAAAUAAUGCCAUGCACCAAGCCAAGUCCCGCCGUACAGCAUGCAUUAAGUCCACCGUCCUUACCCUCCCUAGGUCAUUACCCCCCGCAUGCAUUACAAUGAUAAUCGACCCAGACACAAACCUGCUGAGAGAAGCGCACUCCGGGUAGAUUUGGCACCAUGACAGACUCCGGAUACCCCUCCAACGAACCCUUGCUAACUCGGCUGGGAUCCCCAAAUUUCGACCAUAGGAACGUGACUCUGCCCGUCGAGCUGCCCAAUAGAUGAAAGAGUGUCCUACAAUCCAAACAUACUGGGAAGAACACCCUAAAAACAGAGCACAAGUUACAGUAAAUGAGGCUGCACAUACAGCUGAUACCUACGAAAUGACCAUCUACCCAAGCGCUGCACCUGUGACCCCGAAUAUCCCAAAACACUAGCCUGAGUGGCUGCUCCGAUCCUAAAUGAAUGAGGAGAGAAACCGGUUGGAUCCCGACCACAAUACUGCAACGCCUUACCCAGCAUCGAUGCAAACUUGAAACACGUCAACGGAGACCCAUCCUCAUGAACCAGCAAAGCCACAGACGACAGCCGAAUAGACCGAUACUGACCAAACAGCCGAACCAGGCACAAAACCCCACCAGUACGCCCCACCCGCAACCACAUGCCCCUCGCUGACUGAUCCGUUUUAGACCUACGAAUAUGCAAGUCCACAAACAUAUCAGACAGCAGUAAAGGGGAAAUCGCCCGCCGGGAAGGGGGCCACCAGUUCCCUCACCCGAAGCGCACCAAAGAAGCAAAAGGAGAAUGCCACCUGAAACAGAAGACUCUCUCCUGGUGAUACGCAGAUGGCCGGAAGAGCCGCCAGCAAUUCACCCAGCAAGUCGAAGGAGAAUGGCCGACGUCUGUCCAGACCUCUCCGACUCCUCCAACCACGCAUAACCCUCUGUAAGCAAAACUCCCUGGUGAUGUCACUCCAUCCCAAAAACCGAAACAGGAAAGAUAGAGCAGACAACGCCUUGUCUGCCGAUGAACAAGACCUAUCACUAGAGUGUAACGCAUCCAGAUAUCUUAAGGUGAUCUCCACCCGGGCUGCCUCAGACGACAGCCGCACUGACCCAUCCACCAAAGUCAGCCAACCUACCCAUACCGACCUGUGUGCCUUCCAAGUAGGGGCAGACAAGGAGUCCGACACCAAGGACAUCAAGCCUCCGAAAUAAGGUCCCAUAAGUAGGAAGGGCAGCGAAGACCCUCGCGAUCCGCUUCUGGCGCCGACUCCUGAAACCGAGAAAGAGAGUCAGCUACCACGUUCAGCUCCCCCGGUACAUGCCGGGCCUGCAUCCACACAUUAAAUUGCAAACUAAGCAACACCAGAUGUCACAAGAGAGCCAAAACAGGAGGAGACGCAGAAGAGGAUCGGUUAAUCAUAUUGUCAAUGUGAAAAACCACCACCCGAUCCCGCAGGUCCUCACCCCACAAUGCCAGAGCCACCACUAUGGGGAAAAGUUCCAGGAAGGUAAGGUUACGCAUAACGUCUAACUCAUGCCAUUCUGGGGGCCACGCCGCUGCACACCACUUGUCCCUAAAGAAGGCCCCAAACCCGACUGAACCAGACGCAUCAGUGAAGAGAUCCAACUCAGAAUUAGACACCACUUCUUGCAACCAGCACGACCGCCCAUUAUACUUGCCUAGGAAGGAACUCCAUACCUGUAAGAUCGCCCGCAGCUUGGCCGUGACUCUGAUCUAAUGGUGCGGCUCCCUGAUUCCAACUGUCGCCAACGACAGAAAGCCGACCCAUAGGUAGUACGCAACAAGCAACACCUGUAAUGUUCUGAGCUGGACCUUCCUAGCCCCUUUUACCAGAUCUACCAUCCUCAACAGAACCACUAAUUUUUCGUCAGGCAGGCGAAAAAUCAUGCAAAUCGAGUCGAUUUCUAUACCAAGAAACGACAAUCUGGUAAGCAGCCCUUCUGUCUUCUGCUCCGCCACGGCACUCCAAACAUGUGCGCCCCUGCCCGGAACGCUGACAAUAACUGGGCACACUCAACCCCCUCCCGAGGACCCACAAACAGAAAAUCAUCGAGAUAAUGCGUAACUGACGCAAUACCUGAGAACUGCACAACUACCCAUUCCAAAAACGAAGAAAACAUUUCGAAAUAGGAACAGGAAAUGGCACAACCCAUGGGAAGGCACAUGUCAUAAAAAUAUGACCCUUGAAACUGACAACCCAGAAGGUGAAAACAUUCCGGGUGAACCGGCAAUAAUCGGAAGGCCGAUUCAAUAUCAGAUUUUGCCAUGAGUGCCCCUACUCCAGCUUUUCUAACCAGCGACAGAGCCCCGAUCAAAAGAGGCAUACCGGACCCUGCUGAACUCUUUGUCAAUGUCCUCAUUCACUGAACUUCCAUGCGGGUAGGACAAGUGAUGAAUCAUCCGAAAAGAGCCAGCCUCCUUUUUUUGGGACUAGUCCCAAAGGGGAGACCCGCAAGUUAGGAAAGGGGAGAAAAUCGAAUGGCCCAGUCAUGCGACCCAGCGCUGUCUCCUUAGACAACUUUUCGCCCAACAGGGCCUCCUUGCCAUUGACUGACCGGAGAUUGUCAGCCAAACGCGGCUCCGGAGAAAAAACAAAGGGUAUCCAAACACCCAUGGAAAACCCUUCUCCUAGAACCACCGCGUCGUGGCGUCUAGGGUAAAGCUCGAGCCACGGCAACAUCCUUGCCACGCUCACUGGAGUCUUCCCCCUUUGACCCAUCGUCCCGCCCCCCCCGCCUUAGGCACAGGCUGCCUCGCCUUCUUAAAGCAAUGCAUUGCGGGGUGAGCCCCUCCACAAUGCGAGCAUUCAUGCCUAAACCGGCAGGAGGAGUACCAUCUGCAGUGGCUCUCAUUAAAGAGCCAGCACACUCCUUUUUUCGGACUAGCUGGUUCCCCAGAGGGAACCCCGGCUGCCCCUGAAAAGGGCGAUGGACGACUGGGGGUCAUUAUCAGCAGCCAUAGGCUACCAUCCUGGGUACUGAAAUCUAACACUGGACAUGCCGCCAUUUUUUGGCGGAACUGCUGGUCAUACCGGUACCAGCUCUGUCCGCCAUAAACCUUAUAUGCACCCCAAAUAAGGUCUAGAUACCCGAACAAGGAAUGCUCCCGUUCCGGAAAACGUCUGGUUAGGAUACUAGCGAACACGGCAAAACCUUGCAACUAAUUCCCAAACGUCCGUGGGAGUUGCUUGCUCUUCUCCGUGUCCUGGGGAUCGCCACGAUGUGGCCUAUCCACGGAAUCCUUCUCAGGAAGGACCAGCGAGAGGAAAUCUAUAAACUCUCCCUUUAAAAUCUUAUCACAUGUCUCGAUUGGGACAUGCAUGCCCAAAGGAGACAAUUCACAGCCGGGUAGCGGAGGGCGGAAUGCUCCUCCCCAUGACGGCAUUACUGGGGCCUGCACCCCCAGGCCCAUAUGGGUCUCGCUGUGCGCAGUGGGUGGCAACCUAUCUACGACCUCCCUAAGCAGGCGCAGCAAGUCCCCUUGAUCCUGAUGUGAACCCCCUGCAGCACCCUGCCCACCAGCUAGGCUACCCCAAGCGCUAGCGCAGGCCAACUCACCGCUGACAGGAGCUGCCACAUUAGCCCGCUCUCCAGGGCAGUCGCCACAAUCUCCCUGGUGGUCCUGCUCAUCUGAGUCAUGUGAUCCUGACUCCGACUCCUGUGGGUCAGCUGGCAGCCGGCCGGUCCGCCAGCUGCUGGGUCCACUACCAGCUGGGCUGCUGGUAGUGACCAUUCUCCGUCUUCCUCCAGGGCCAUCCUCAGCCAGGGGCCGGCCCCCCGCCACAGUGCCUCUCUGGUGCCUCCUGUCCCGUGCUGCAGCUCCUUCCCGGCUCUCCCGAGGCUCCAGGUGAUGAAUUUCCCUCACUUCCAGGUUCCGUGAUGUAUGCGCACGUGAAGUCAUCACGUCCCGUCCAGCCGUCAUGCAUGCGCGCGUCAUUUCCGGUGCGGCCGGAAAAGAAGGGGGACUCAUCGAGCGCUCUUCCCGCGCUCUGCCAUCUUGGGCUCAACUCACCGACCUCCUUGCAGCCCGUGGCUGCCUCCUGGCAGCCCAGGAUCCACCGCUCACCACGCCAUCAACGAUCCUGGUGAUCCUCCCGACUGGACCAGCCGCCUCACCGCCACCUCGUCUCACUGGGCUUGGGGAAAGACGAGUAGGAGGCCUAGACCGCCUAGUCCUCCUACCACUCGCCAGUGAUGGGCUCUCUGCCUCCUGCAGGUCCUCUCCUCUCACCUCCUGGGGCAAACCGGCCAUCACCUCAGCCAUAGAGCCAGCUCCAUGAGAAGACAGGUAAGCCUGCAGCAUCCCAAUCAGGGCAUCCUUAGACACUGAAGCCAUCUUAAGUAAUCAAAGUAAUCAGGUGUGUUUGUGUGAGAUACCAAUUUUGCAAAGAAUUGAUAUUAGCCUGCCUACAACUCCUGUCCCAGGUUGGCUAAUGAUGCUGCCGGAUGUGGAGUUCACCUCCUGCAGCAUUAGACCUAAUCUAUGUAUGAGCAGCAUUUUUAAAUAUUGCAUAUACAGCCUAAAGGCACCAUAACCACAUCAAGUCACUGAAAUGGUCAUUGUUCUGGGAGUAACCCUUUAAUAAAUAACCCUGUACAGUUAGUGAACACAAUGGACAAAUCUACAUGGAUUUCAUGGAAGAGAUGUCAGCUCAACAGCAUAAAGCAGAUAAAAUUCUUCAUUACAUCCUUACCAUUCGCAUCAGCACUGAGCCCCAGUGAGUGGACCAACUCCGAUACAUGAAGACCAGAUACCAUACCAUACGUUAAUGCCAGAAAGAUCACACUUCAUAAAUGUUUCAAACUCUAAUCAGCUCUAAGUCUUUUUGUUUUGGCUUGAAGCCACACGUACCUUUCUGAAGUUAAAUAGCACUCUUGUUGUACAGUGUUUGCACUUCACAUUAGGCAUCAUUUAACCAUAGGCUGAUGACACCUGGACUGCACAGUGUAGAUGUGUGUGUAUCGUGACUUUAUUUCGCUUUUUGAGUAUUUGAAACAGAAAAACUGCAGUUACCGUGAAGAAACUCCAUUGAAAAAAAUAAUGUUGUUGUAAGACUUUGUUCUGUUGUAACUCUUGAGUUUACCAGUAUCAGUGAUGUAUUCCUUAUUUGUGACUGUCCCUUACAUCCUGCCUUUCCUGCAUUUCCAGUGUCUACUCCUCUCUAAACCCAUGCAACUAGCCACCACUUUUGACCUUAACUUGAGAUUUGGCAUUCAACAUUACAAGUUAGUAUUGGCAGCCCUACUACGCUCCAACUGUGUAAGGUGUCAUAUUGGGCUAAUCAUUGAACUAAAAGGAAAUAUGUUCUGCAAAGACUGUCCGGUGUGCUCUGUAUCAGUUUAUUUUUACACGUUUUCUUUUAUUCUUAAUGCGUGUAGGUUGGUCAUUCUGAUCACAUCAUACUUCCAUAAUGCAAUCUUUAUGUAAUGUUGGCUUACUAAGCUGUGACUAAUAUCCCGGUGAUUUUUUAUUAAUUAGUCAGUUGUCCUCUGUUUGUUAGGUAAUCGUAAUGAUCAGUUGUUUUCUUUAGGCAAUUAAAUGUCAAAUAAGCUCUGUAACUAGAAUAUAACAUAGCAGAUACUAUGACAUAACAAUUGCAUAUGUUCACAAUCCCUGAAAUGUCUGUCUAGAGGUUCUUUUAAGAAACCCACACACGCUGCAAUUUCCAUGUAAAUUAAUACCUGUGACCUAUUUGCACUAUCAAUGCAUUUGGAUCUCUGUAGUCUUCUGUAACCUAUGAUGUAAUAAAAAAAAAAAAAAAAAAGAUUUUUAAAACUCUUUUUAAAAAUUAUCUUAACGAUAUUGGCCUGUCAAGCUCACCAUUGUGAGACUAACAUUAAAACCGCGGGUUUAGGUUUAACUAAUUACACAUUCUGACUUCAUUGUCAUUGCCAGCAGAUAAAUGGUGUGCAAAAUUUGGAUUAUGGUUGCUUUGAUAACUGUUACGCAAUAUAGGCCAAAAGUUUGAAAAAACUUUAUUGAUCAGUUUUUACAACACUGGUUUGCAAUGCAGGCAUUUAUUAUAUACAGCAAUCUGGUUAGAUAUUUUGUUUAACAUUGUGUUUUUCAUGGUUUUUUUUUUUUCUUUUCUUUUUUUUUCAGGGGAAAUGACAAUUAUAUUACUAAUAUAUUAAAUAUAGUGUAGUUAUAACAUGUUUUUUUUUUUAAACAUAGUUUCAUAGUUUUAGGCUUUUAUUAUUUAAUGUACAAUACCAAAAACGCAAAAAAAGGGAUUACGUGGACAUACAAACUCCAUUUUCUAUUUAAUAAGCUUUAUUGAAUCAUUGCACACCAAACAAGUUGACACAAGUCAGUGACAUUCGCUUGUGUGUUAAUCACAGAUCACCACGGCCAACGUGGCCUGUUUUUCCACUGAUUUUGUUCAUGUACACUAUUUUAUUUCCUUUUUUUUUUUUAAACCGUCAUCAAAGUUUCUGAAUGUGCAGAAAUCCCCAUUAUGGACACAAUUCAUAUUUCACUCAGCAGCACGUAAUCAGAUUUACCCACAAGUCGCUAAUUUUAUUACAGUACUCUUCAGUGGGUGGAAUGAAAGCUGGUGUGCAGAUGUAUAUGUGAGGGCAGUGAGUAAAAUAUCAACACAUACCUAUUCUUACCCAAUAACUUUACUAGUAACGUGUGACACAGUGAUGAUCUAACCUGGAAUGAAUGAAACUUAAUCAAAGGAUCAGUCUAUUUUCCCAGUUGCCCUAUUACUUGAAGAGUCCGGUUAUCAAUGAUUAGCACUUAGCACUAUUUCUUACGUUUUAUAUUUGCUCAAGGAAAUGGAACAAAACACAACUCACUCAUAUUUUACAUCAGGUUUGAGACUGUCUCAGCAUUGAAUCUAAUACCCAUUGCUGGUGGAUUUCUCAGCUGUGCCAAAUAACUCUCGUUAACGUGAACAUUGCAACACCAAUCCUUGCACUUCCAAAACUAUGGGAAAUAUGGCGAUUGGAAAUGGGCUCUAAUAAUUUAUAAUAUAAGAUAGUAAGGUCUCUAUAGUUGAAAUAAAUGGAUUGUUGUGCACUCAUUUAGUGAAAUGUGUUGAUAAAUAAUAUAUACAGGGGUUAUUAUAAAUAACAGAAUACUCUAUUGCAACCUCUAUAAAUAAAACUAAUUCCUAAAACGUUAUUAUAACCACGUGCCGUGGUCCUGUCAUUUUGACCAUGCAAGGUAAAAUAUUGCUGUUUUGCAGGAGAGAUAAACUCCCCUCCAGUGGCGGUCUUCCAGACAGUGAAACUCGGUCACACAACAUUGCAGUCCCCAGGGCCGUCUUUAAUAUUGAUUGGACCCUGGGCAAAGCAUUUGCUUGGGCCCCCUGGUACCCUCGCCAGGUGUGCAAUCAUGUCCUCCACCCCAACGAAGAGGCAGACCUAAAGUAGAGAGGUGCAAGAAUUUUUUUGUGCCUCCCUAUCGCACGGGUGAUUAGAAGGUAGUUCCCCAUCUGUCGUGCAACUUCAGCAAUGCAUUGACAGCUGUGGCUCUACCAUUUACCCAUGUUUGAAGGUUUGUAUUUAGCACAACGCUGUUUUUGUGUGUUUGAAUGUAAACAGGUUUUUUUGUAAAAUAAGUUUGUAUGUGGUGUUGGCGUGAUUGCAAGCAUGUAUUUAUGUGUAGUGUUGGUUUUUGAAUGCAAGGGUGUGUUAACAUAUAAUUUUGGUGUGUAACACAGACAUGUGUUUGUACCUAGUGUUGGAGUUUGAAUGCAGGGGUGUAUUUGUAUGUAGUGUUAGUGUGUGAAUGCUGAGAUGUAUGCACAUAUACACACACAGAUUAUAUGUAUACAAACUGACAGACAUACUGACACAUACAUACUGACAUAUGGACACCGACACAUACACUGACAGACAUACUGGCACACACAGACACAUACUACCACACACCCAGACAGACAUAGUGCCACACACACACACACACACACAGGCAUACUGACACCCAAACACACUGACACACAGACAUACUGACAGACACACACACACACCUACUGACAGGCACACACACACACACACACACAGACAUACUGACACACACAGGCAUACUGACACCCAAACACACUGACACACUGACACACAUGGACCUACUGACAGACACACACACAGACCUACUGACAGGCGCACACACACACAGACAUACUGACACCCAAACACACUGACACACAGACAUACUGACACACAUGGACCUACUGACAGACACACACACACACACACACACAGACCUACUGACAGGCACACACACACACAGACAUACUAACAGACCUACUGACAGACACACACACACACACACACAGUCAUACUCACACACACAGACCUACUGACAGACACACACACACAGACCUACUGACAGACACACACACAGACCUACUGACAGACACACACACACAAUCAUACUCGCACACACAGACCUACUGACAGACAUAAACACACACAUACUGACAUAAUAUGCAAACUGUAAAGCCAUACCAUACCAUGUAUCAAUGUACAAAUGGCUCUCAUGGCCCAUUUUAUUUCUCUUUUCCUGCUAAAAACUAAAGUAAAGAUUGUCCCAAAACAUUUUUUUUUUUAAUACUCAUAUUACCUACUAACAUUUUUUUCAGAAUUUUUUUUUUAUUUUUCUUUUACUAAAUAGGACAUUAUAAAAAUUGCUAUUUUGUUGUUUUUUCCCCCCAGUUCUGCUACUUUUGCCCAAAACUUGCAAUUCUGUUUAGAGUUCACUACAGUUCACUAUUAGUGAAUACAUUCUUCAUUGCUUUCUGCACUAAAUGCAUGUUUCUUUAUCUGCAUUUUUCUUUUAUUUAUUUUUGCUUGUUACUUUUAGUGUCUAUUACAAGCAUUAUUUCUGUACAUAUAUCUCCAUAUUGUUCCUUAUACACUCUGCUCCUUUCUGCACAUAAACCUCCCCUGUACCUUUUACGGUUUACCAUCUCUCCUGGGCAAAAUAUUGCCAAAAUCCAUCAUUAUGAGCUGGUGGUCAAAAUUGUACAUUGGGCAAAGAAAAAAAAAAUGGUAACGCAAACACCAACACUACAUUCAAUGAAUGACACUAUGAAUGACCGGUGCUCACUACAGACCUACUGACAGACACACACACAGUCAUACUCACACACACAGACACAGACCUACUGACAGACACACACACAGUCAUACUCACACACACAGACACAGACCUACUGACAGACACACACACAGUCAUACUCACACACACAGACACAGACCUACUGACAGACACACACACAGUCAUACUCACACACACAGACACAGACCUACUGACAGACACACACACAGUCAUACUCACACACACAGACACAGACCUACUGACAGACACACACACAGUCAUACUCACACACACAGACACAGACCUACUGACAGACACACACACAGUCAUACUCACACACACAGACACAGACCUACUGACAGACACACACACAGUCAUACUCACACACACAGACACAGACCUACUGACAGACACACACACAGUCAUACUCACACACACAGACACAGACCUACUGACAGACACACACACAGUCAUACUCACACACACAGACACAGACCUACUGACAGACACACACACAGUCAUACUCACACACACAGACACAGACCUACUGACAGACACACACACAGUCAUACUCACACACACAGACACAGACCUACUGACAGACACACACACAGUCAUACUCACACACACAGACACAGACCUACUGACAGACACACACACAGUCAUACUCACACACACAGACACAGACCUACUGACAGACACACACACAGUCAUACUCACACACACAGACACAGACCUACUGACAGACACACACACAGUCAUACUCACACACACAGACCUACUGACCGACAUAAACACACACAUACUGACAUAAUAUGCAAACUGUAAAGCCCCCUCUAGUUUCCUACCUUCCCUGGGGUCCAGUGUGCUGGUUGGGGUGGUUGGGAGUUGCAUCCUGGCUCAGUCUUCCUCCUGCGCGGCUCAUGAUCUCAGAGGGAGGAAGUGACUCACCGACGUCACUUCCUCCCAUGCUGCCGUAAAUCAGAGGGCCCGGUCGUGCUGUUAAAGGGCCACAGCACCCGACCGGGCCCCUGCUGUAACGUGCUCACCGGGUGGCCCUAAAUGUAUUGGCCGCCCGGUGAGCCUCCUUAGAGUAUGGGCAGCCGCAAUACAAGCACCUGAUGGGCGGUGGGGCCACGGGGCAGCUGCUUUGGGCCCCCCAGGAGUAACUGGGCCCGGGGCAGCUGCCCCGUUUGCCCCGCGUUAAAGACGGCCCUGGCAGUCCCCAUAGGAAAGCAUUGAUUCAAUGCUUUCCAAUGUGGAAGCUUGGGUGCAUGCGCUGCAGGUACACAAUUCAACUCUGUGAGACUUAUUAUUAUUCUUUAUAAACUCUGCCAACAAAUAUCGCAGAGCUGUACAAUGGGUGGACUGACACACAAUUAUUUGGACCAAAACAAGUUGGACGCAUAGGAACAGAGGGUAUUGAGGGCCCUGCUCAAACAAGCUUACAUUCUAGAGGGAGUGCGGUAAAGUGACCCAAGAGGUAAGGGUAGGGUGUUUUUCAUUUAUGGGGAAAAAGGUUACUAGAAUAGUUUACAACGGAUGGUUAGUUUAUUUGAUUACACAUUAUCAGGAGAGGAAGGAAGGUGGUUUACCAAGGUGCAGGGAGGGAAAGCUAUUAACACUUUAAUUGAUCUGCUUUCCUAAAGAAGUGAGUUUAUAAUGAUUUUUUUGAGUGAACUGAGACUGGGUGGGAGUCUUACAGAGCAGGGAAGGGAGGGAACCCUAGAGAAAUUGAAGGUGGGCAUCAGAGGUGUGAGUAGGAACAGAAAAUAGACUCAUAUUUGGGGCAGAAGCAUUAUGUAUAGCUUUGUAGAGACUGGUCCUUGCCAGAGGAGACCAUGCCUCCUCAAUGAUGUCAUGGGAGGCAAGGUAAUAAGCGGCGAGGGAGCCUCCAUACUGGAAAAAUGUGAGUAAAUCCCUUUUGUUUAAAAAAUGUUGUGGCACCCACAGAGGUGGGGGAGACCACGAUAACUAGGGACACUAAAGAGUUAGGAAUACAAACCUCAAUAUAGCAGAUAAAAACCUUUGGCACAUCAUGCAAUAAAAAAAAAAAGCCGACGUACUCAUUGGAAAAGAGACCCUUUUGGCUAGCAUCGCACAUGGGUAAAGGAAGGGCCUGUCUUCUUUACUACAAAACGUUUUAUUAUCUUAUUCCAUGACUGAGGUCUCACCAACACCUCUCCAUACUGCUCAUUUUAUACCAUGAUAAGUUAUAUAUAUAUAACCCUAUUAUAUGGUCUUACACCUGGAUUAGGUGACUGUCUGUGCUUCUUUACAAGAGAGAGAUCCUGUUAUCCUAUGUUAAUAGGAAGACAUGUUUUUCCAAGCAUGAUAUUGAUACUAGCUAGUUUGGCUUCACCAUGUGGCUGAAGUGUAAUACACUGUCCCCUUUAGGUACUCGAAACCAGUAUAUCAUGACGUUGCAAAAUUACUAAUUUUAAUAUGAUGUUAUUAGUAUGACGCAGAUCUUUUUAUUAAUUUAAUUAAUUUAGAUCUAAUUUAUUCAGAAUUGCCCUCUCCUACAACAAGCCUAAACAAUGCUGGAAAUGUUUUAUAGCAUGCUCACAUUUUGGAACCAUGCCAUGCCAUUAAAAAGGGAUGGUUCCACAGACAUAGAUUCAGAAGACCAACCUGCCUGGAGUAUGUGAGAGGUCUUCUGAGAUUGUCCACAAAACAAGCCUUUUAUAGCUCAUAAAGAGGUUGCUACUCCCAGGAAAAGAACAAAACGUGCAGAAUACUAGGGGAAAGCUAAAAUAAGGGAAUUGAAAGGAAAGGUUUAUGGUGAUGAGAGAAGGUCUUGUGAAAGAGUCCUCUUCACAAGGAUAUAUCUUCUUCAACCAUGGACCUGUGAUUUUAUUUGUGCUGUAUUAUAGUUUUCCAGAUUUCUUUUUUGACAAUCUUUAUUUAGUAUCUUUUUCAUUCGAAGAAACAAGUAACAGUUGGUAGUUUUACAUUGUAUCUGUAUCAGUGUCAACAUUUGAAUAAUGCAAAGAAAGGGGGAAAGGGGAACUGUGCUGCUAACCCAUGCAUUUCAAACAGUUGGCUCUAACUAUUGUACCAGCCUGUGUUCAGGCUUGCGGCCGCAGCCUCGUCGUGUAGCUAGGGAAGGUAUAGCCUGACCUCUGCUGUGUUGGAGAUUUUUGGUCGUCUCCCCACUGUAAUUUCCCGGUUGCGCCCUAGUCAACUGUGGUAAAAGAGACUAAGCGUUCGUACUCCACUCCUGCGUUAGUUGUUGCCACGAACUUGUUUUUUAUUAUGUGCCCUUUUAAUACCAAGAUCGGGUGUACUACUGUGGCGGUUGCGGAAUGCGAUCUUCAGUCAUAGCGAGCCUCUUAGGAGUCUAUGCUCCAAAGUUCGGGGUCAUUUGGCUUUUUCACAGUUAGUUCACCAUUGUGGGGCCUACGGGCUAAAGCGUAUAGGGUCUUAGGGAGCCUAUUGCUGGGAGUAAAUCGGUAGGCCGGGCUUGUCUUUCGUGGGGGAUAUGUCCGGCGUCUGCCAGUACUGCGGAGCGGUGGGUUGCUGGUGUGGGAGAGUAUGCGUUUGUUUCAGGUCUAGUCAGGCUGCCAUCCCAGGGGCUAUUCUGUGCUGCCGCUAUAUCUCCCUAGCUACUGUUUAAGCAGGGGUCUGGGCUUACGACUCUCAAGCUGGUGUGCUGUCUUGUUUCAGCGUUGUAGGUGUGGGUAGCGAGUAUCUGUCUAGUUGUAUCCAACUGUUGGGAGCUCCCCGUCCUAUCCAAGGGCGGAUCGUGUCCCUACUGUGGGUCUGUCCGCGUGAGUAUGUAUUCCUUCUACUGUCAGUGUCGGUCGUCAGGGGGUCAGUCCGAGGUCCGGUCAGAUACAUGUCUAUCUCUGUUAGUAGGGGUCCUCAGAUUUUCCUUUGAGCUUAAGCCCCAGGUGGCUUGCACUGUGAGGACCAACAAAAUUGCAAUUUGUUAAAUUUCCUUAAGAUACUGCUCUGGUUAUGUGUAAGCACAAGUAUGCUGUUAAUAGGAGACCUGAGUGAGCAGAUCCCUGGGUAAUGGUAGACCACACUAGCUCAUAGAAUGUGAUUACAGUAUGGUGACGUCUUUAGCCUCUAAAGUUACUUGGAACUUGGUUCCAAGCUGCCUGUGGGGGCACUGCCUGCACCGGACGGGUUCAUUGAGAGCUUCAUGAAAUGGUUGGUCAACCACACAUAUAAGCCUAUCCCAUUUGUCAGCUGGAGUACUGUAGUGAUUACCAGCUACGGACCUUGUCCAAAGGAAAUAGGUUUUCUGAAAUGAUGAAUCACUCAACAUUUGGCAGUCAACAAGACAAGUCAAGGUUUGUGGGUUUAAAGAAAAUGCUUUCUGUCUGACUGUAAAGCGUCAACUAUAAGGUUUGAUGAAGAAGAAAUAUGGUUUGUACUGCUUUUUUGGGGUGGGGGAAUUGAAGGAAUGGCCUCCUUUGUUCCAGUGGAAGGGUAUUUUAAAGCUACAGCAUGCAAUAAUACUUUGAUGACAUCUGUAGCUUGCCCACUGAGUUAGGGCAGUAACAUGAGUAGGAUUGAAGGCACUGAUGUUCUCUAUGUGUCCUACACCAUUUGUUCUUUCCCUCUUUCAUUCUUUGUUUUUCAUGUGUAUCUCAUCCUUAUUAUUAUGAUGUCAUUAUUUAUAUAGCACCAUCAAAUUCUGCAGCGCUUUACAGUGGGUGGACGAACAGUCAUGUAGUUGUAACCAGACAAGUUGGACACACAGGAACAGAGGGGUUGAGGGCCCUGCUCAAUGAGCUUACAUGCUAGAGGGAGUGGGGUAAAGUGACACAAAAAGGUAAGGAUAGUAUUAGACUAAUGACAGUUGCAAAAGAGGAAUCAGACGGGAGCUAUUAACAGUUUAAUUGAUUCACUUUUAUGAAGAAGUGGGUUUUUAAUGAUUUUUUGAAGGAGUGGAGACUGGUUGAGCAUCUAACGGAGGAGGGAAGCGAGCUCCACAGGAACGGUGCAGAGAGAAACAGGAAAAAAAGGCAAACAAUAAAAGUAUUAAUGAUAUGAAGAGCCUUUCUGCCCUCUGGCUAUAUAAUAUGCAGAGCUGAACAGCACUUUGACUGCAGAUAAAUCUGCAGAGCUAAGUGGCUCUGCGUACAGUGAGCUGUGUAUAAUGUAUAUCGAGCUAGUGAGCUGUGAGGCUCUGUGUAUAAUGUAUAUGGAGCCAGUGUGCUGUGAGGCUCUGCGUAUAGUGUAUAUGGAGCUAGUGAGCUGUGAGGCUCUGCGUAUAAUGUAUAUGGAGCCAGUGAGCUGUGAGGCUCUCUGUAUAAUGUAUAUGGAGCCAGUGUGUUGUGAGGCUCUGCGUAUAGUGUAUAUGGAGCUAGUGAGCUGUGAGGCUCUGCGUAUAAUGUAUAUGGAGCCAGUGAGCUGUGAGGCUCUCUGUAUAAUGUAUAUGGAGCCAGUGUGUUGUGAGGCUCUGCGUAUAAUGUAUAUGGAGCCUGUGAGCAGUGAGGCUCUGCAUAUCUUGUCUACACAACCAACACACUGAGAGGCUCCGCAUACCAUUCAUACACAGCUAGAAAACUGUGGCUCUUCACCAGGGUGGAUUUUCUAUGGGUGGAAGACUCAAUUUUUAAAUCAUGAUUUUGAAAUAUAAAGACUCCUUCUUGCUGGUCGUUAGAAUCUUUAAAUUUUCAAUCACAUGAAGAUGCCUUAUGUAGAGUAAUAGCCUUUCAGAUUAUUAAAACAGCUAUCAGAACUGAUUUUAGUUUAAUAGAUUAAUCACUCACACUAGCAGAACUACUUAAAUUGUUUCCUUUAACUACUUUAUGCUUAUUAUGUAUUUCUUAUUGUAUUCACUCAGUACAGCAUAAAAAGGAAUAUUUGCUUAUUUCAACGCAUUAUUUCCUCUUAGCUACUGUAUAAAAAUGUAUUGCCAUGCAGUAACAAUAACGAGUAUACCGGCUUUACUCGUAUCUAAUGCGUCAUGAAAUUUUUAAACAUGGAAGCCGAAAUUUUUUUUUGCUGGUAAUGUAAUGUGCAUUUGUACAAGAAGAUCCUAGCUUCUGCUACGAGGUACAGAUUUACUGUACACAGAAACCAAGUCUUGUAUCCCUGCGAUGCGAAAUUAGUCCUGGCGAAUUCACAUCGAAUGCCCAUCAUAGCUCCGAGUAGGUCGUAAAGUGAGGACCAACUAGGUAAGCAAGGGAGAGACACAUGCUUGGUUUGUGUUUUUCACUGUGCUUUCCUUUUUGUUAGUCCUGAAACUAUACUUUAAUCUAAUGCGCCUUUGAAUCUAACGUGCGUUCCAGCACUUUUGGUGAUGUUGUUUCAUUCGGGUUACCAGGCUUUGCAUUUCUUCGUUGCAUUGCUUGCAUUUCGCACACAUACAUGCUUUACCUACUGGUAGAGAAACUUCACUAAAAUAUUCCCAAACUGGUAAACUUUUUGCGGCCUGAUUCCAUUUUGCUCCACACACCUAGAGCUUGGUACAUACGUAUUCCGCUCCUAACAAUCUUGAAACCUAGCACUUAAAGUAAUGUGUUUGUUGUUUGCAGAACACGAUCUUUUCCUGAAUUUUGUUUAUUUUAUACAAUUUUUUACUGUGAAAAAGGGCAGUUAAUCUUGGAUUGGAUAACUUGGAUUAAUUGAAUUAAUUUACAAAAAUGUAAAUAUUGCAUGAAUAUACAGCCUCGUAGUAUAUGUCUUAAGCUCUAUUUCAUGUUGAAUAACCUUUGAACCAUGAUGUAUCUUAAAUAGAAAACUAUAUUUAGGUAGAUAUUUCCUCCAAAGGAAUUUCUUUAGAAUAAAUUUGAUUUUAAAAAAAAUAAAAAAAAUUUAAAAUAAAUAAAUAAAUCUGAUUUAAAUAAAUAAAAAAAAUUAAUCUUUUUUAAAAAAUUUAAAAAAUAAAUAAAAAUAACCAUCAAUUUUAAUCCACCCACUUCUGCGCUUACUUCACCUCCUAGAAUCUGGCUAGUGAUAAAUUCUGCAUAUAACUUGGCUUUUGUUGGUCUCAGCAUAUCCCGGAGAGUGAGGCAGUGCACAUUAUAUUGACAUGCAGUCUGCAAACAAUGAGGCAAUGUGUAAAAAGGACAAAUGUACCUAACACACUGCCCUUGGCACAAUGAUACACUGAACUGGACGUUACAUCAGAGAAUAAAAUCAUUUUUCAUUCUGUCCUGUCAUUCUAUGAAGGAUAGAAAGAGAUUCUCUGAUGUACAUUUGUUUAUUUUUAUUAUGGCAUUCUUUAAUAUCAUUGAAGAAAACUUUCCAAUGAAUCAGCUAUAUAACCUAGCAUCUGUCAGUGUGAAGAUGUGUUGGAACAUACGGCACUACAGUGCUCCCCCUUGUGGAAUUUCUAGGUCAAUUUUUCUUAUCUAGAAUUAUCUAGAAUGAGUUUUCACAGUAAAUGUUUUAUUCAAACUAAAUUUCAAGUUUGUAAACUUCACCAUAAUAUCGCAUUUGGCCUGAAGCGGCAAAUCGCUUUGAAUUCCAAAGAAUUCACACUUUGGUGGAUAACCCUGUGUAUUGUUUCUCAAUUUCACCAUUUGGAGACAGAUUGGGUCAUUCUAGCCUGACCACUUUUUUCUGAUCAAAACGACGAAAACUAAAAUACAUUGAUCCAAAAACAAGUUGAAUGUACAAUGGCAAAUCGUAGGCAGAUCAGAGGUGGUUUUACACAGAUUGGUAGACAGGAAAUAUAGUGAAUUUUGCACAAAAUAUUGCCUUUGCACUCAAACAACCCUACAUUUUGCAUUUUUUUUCUUCUUCAAAUUUUCCCAAAUAUCAUAUUACCUAGUAAGUGGACAGUUUGAUUUCACAGAAGUGUGAUUGACUUGGAGUUACAUUGUGUUGUUUAAGUGUUCCCUUUAUUUUUUGAGCAGUGUAUAUUGUGUGUGACUGCAAAGCUACACAUCCGUGGAUAUAUCUGUUGUAUUGCUAAUUAAAGUUGCUGUAAGAAUUCUAAAGCUUAUUGUUCGAUGUUGCGUUGUCUGGAUAUCCACUGCAGUGAGCUUGAUAACUAGAAUAGGGUUUAUACACUAAACAGCAGAAUGUGUUGAAUUGACAGCUGAAUUGCAAAAUAAAGGCCAAAUAAACUGCGUUGUAAAAAUUCAGCUGUUUUUCUAACUUCAAGAGUCUAUUCUAGAAGUUCCAUUUCUGUUUUUAGUUCACCAUUAUUCACUGGCCACCCGAGUUCUAGAUGCUAUUUCCAGACUGUGCUGUGCCCAUAAAUUAAUCUCUCGAUUAUUUCUUAAUAAAGCAAGUUGCAUUCGUUGUUAAACUGCCAAUAUCAGCGUAGUUAUGUAAUAAACUUCUCCUACCUGUUUUGAAAAGCUGGUUUUGUAUAGUACACAUAUAAUUAAGUGUACAGUGCAUACAGCUUAAUGGAUAUCUACACACCCAGUGUUCUUUUAAACAGGAAUGUCUUUUAGUCCAAGGCUGCAAACUGACACACCUCUGAUCCCCUUUUUCCAGAUAGCCUUUAAUUCCCGUAGGGAUCUGUUCCUUUGCGGUUCACUCUCCCCAUUUUUUUGUCUUCUUAUCCUUUUACCUUGAAUUCACGGGGGCUUAUUAACUAAACACAGAAUUGUAGUGAAUUAAAAACCAAACCACUAAAUGAACACUCUUCCUGGUCUAUAGACGUGGCUUGGUGAUUUCACGCUAUAUUAUGCAGUUCAUGGUUUUCUUCAGUUCACAGUUUGGUGAAUAAAGAUUUUUUGUUGUUUUUUUUUUGUCUUUUUGGCAUUGGCUGACUCUUUGCCAUUCACUCACUCUGUCAGUCUCCUACUGUCUGGACCAGUGACGUGCAGUUCACUGGCACAGCACGAAGGGGCGGACCUAUAUGAAAUGAGUGUACAUCCACCUGAAUAACUAGCACAUCAGCGUGGUGAAUGUAUGUCAGCCUGCCUGCCAAUCACUCAGGCUGGCUCACUGAGGGCGAACCGUGCUGGGGAGCACUGAUUCAGCACUGGUCCUUGUGCCCUAAGCAUCUAAUGCAGGGGUCCCCAAAAAGAUAGAUUCCCAGAUGUUGUAAGACUACAAUUCCCAUGAUGCUUUGCAUGCCUUUAGAAUGGAAGCUGUAGUUCUACAACAUCUGGUGAUCUACCUUUUUGGCACCCCUGAUCUAAUGCAUCUAACGAGGCGCUGGUGUUAUGCUUUUUGAGUUUCCAGGAGUCCCCAAAAGCAGGACAUUGGGAAACAAACCUGGCACCAAUUUUGGGGUCCUGUGCCACUGGAAUCGAAAGCAUUGGGAGGCUUGGAUUGAGUAAAAGUCAGAUAUUACAUAAGAGAAACAGCCAGAGAAAUACUCUGCGAGUGAAAAACUACAAAGAAUUAAAGAAUACACAUUGAGUGAAACUGGUCGACAGUGACAAUGAAACACUGAAAGUGAAAAAUGAUUGAGCGUUUGUCACUCUCUGUCUAUCUGUUAGACAGAGACCAAUUUAGUUUUUCUCAGUAUACAUUUUAGUAUUUAUUAUAUGUAGAGGAAGUAAAUAGAGGAAUAUCAGUCACGAACGUGCAUUAGAUCAUUAGACACACUUGUAUUUGUUUCUUCAGUGUAACAGUUUUUUUGUUGUUUGUUUUUUAAUUCUAACAACCUGGAGAUUGCUUGAGUGAGUGAUGUUUGAGUGAUUUUUACUUUUUAGCCAACACCACUCAAAUACAUGCGCUAAAACCAGUUUGUUUUUAGAAUUCGUCAAUCAGAUGUUUAGAAAUACUGCCAUGAGACAGCAGGUGUUGUGUACACUGUUGUAGUACUGAAAGCCAUGUUUAUAUAAUUUAGAAGCGGGGAAUUGGAAGGGCUUUAAUGAGCAACCCCCAUUUUUCUAAUUGUACAGAACAAUUGCUCCCGCAUCCUCCUAGCAGUGCUCAAUGAAUUUCUAUUGAAAUCAUCCCUCACGCAGGUUAAAGUUUGGCUCAACAUAUGUUUAUCAAGCAGUUUCUCAAUACUGCAACAAACCAAAUUAAGAGUGAAAAUAUAAAUGUGAUUUAGGAAGGAAUGUGGUUAUCCCAAUCAGAAUUAUAUCCUAGUGCUUAAUCAUCUAUUACUAAAAAAAAACAAAACAAAAAAAACUAUUUUUUUUGUGUUAAUCUAUACUGCAAUCAGCUAUACGUUGACGAAUGUACCUGCAUGUACAUAUUCACGUAAUUUUGUUGCUUAUUUUGAAUAUAUAUACUUCAUUUGAAAUUUUGUUCUAUACAUUGACAUGAAUUAUGACAAAAAUAUUGAAAUUGACUAGUGAUUACAGUUGCGAUGUUACCCUCUACUCUACUGUAUGUGGUUAAUUUAAUGCUUUGACUAUUUUGGGCUAUCUGACUGUGUGACUGUGUGCAGUAUUUAGUGAUAUUUAGUUUAUAGGCAAAUAACCAUGAGUUAACAAGUACUAAAACACAAGAAUUAUUAUUCAUACAAGUUCAGAGAAAAUAAAAUAAAAUUAUAGUAAAAAUUCAAAAGAGAUGGUUUAAUUUCUUUUUUUAAUUUACAUACAUGAAUUCACUUUCAACUUGCAAUAUGUACCAAUCUAUAAGCACCUGAUCACUUAGUUCAUGCAUGCUAUGUUUGUAGUGGUAAUUGUGGGUGAUUUAAUCACCUCAUGGUACUUCGCGUGUACUCAUCCCUGCACCAUGCGUCUUUUAGGAAGUUCCAUGUGUGAACAUAUAAACUCUGGCAUUAUUCCAUACAUGUACAUGUAUGCACUUGCACUGUCACAGCUCCCAAACAUAUGCAGAAUGUGGGUAAUCAUGGUGAGUAAACACAUUAGUACAUUUGGCAUGUACACAAAAAUUUUUUUAAAAAAUGUAUAUAUAUUUUUAGAGCAGGAAAGUCUGCUGUAGCUGACAAAGGCCAUAUAUUGUGUUCUGUCUGAUAAGUACAUUUAACAAAUGAUCACCAGGCAGUGACUGAUGUUUUGAACUUAUUAAAAUAUUAUGCUCUGCAGUGUACAAGGCCUGGAAUAAUACUUCCCUGUAAAUUCACAUUAUUCCAUGCCACUUAUGGCAGUGAUUUGAAUGGAAAAACUGACUGAAGUGGGUUUCAGAAGUUUGGACAAUUAGUAGGCCUGCGUUUUUUAUUCCUCUGUUCAAGACUGAAUUAAAUCUUGCUGUUUUCCAAACUUAAGGAUAUGUAACCAGACAACAGAGAAGAAUUGAUUACAGAUGUUGGAUAAGCUUGUAAGAGGAAUUGUGGCAGCAUAUGCUACCGGCAAUCUAAAAAAAAGGCUACAAAGCGUCAUUUCAAGUAACUCCAGGAAGAAACUUCACAACUUGAAUUUUAAAUCUGUGGAUCUAGGUUUGUUUUGUUUGUUUUUAGAAACUCUAAAAGGGAAAAGCUCAACUACAGUGUACACAACAGUUACUAGCUGUAACAAUGAUGUUUGGUGAAUUGAGGUAUCUUCUCGAAGAGUCAAUAUUUUAUGUCCAAAUUCUGGAAGACCUCUGUCUCAACGUGAAUCAAAUAUUCUGGGGACAUGGAAAUCUGAUAUCUUGUUCCAGCAGUUCUCAUUAUAUGAACUUCUCACAAAUGUUUGUCGGACUGUUAUAUACCCAGUGUAUACCUUGUUUGCUCACACAUUUAAAUGGUACUGCUUGCAGACUAGUUUUUUUAGAUACCUCGAUGCAAGUUCUUUAUCCUUUUUACUUUUGGAGUUUUGCAGUGGGCAUGUGAUACCAAGGGUUGGUGAUUAAAAAGGCCCUGCCUACUGCACUCCCACUGCUGAAUCAAGAAUAGAGUUCACAUUAACAAUUUUGUUGAUGAGUUUCGUGCAUAUUAAGACCACGGUUCCUGAAUGUUUUGGAGUCGGUCCCCAAGUAGAGUUUCAAGGUGUGAAUUUGUAAACAGGAAGUGGUCAUAUAAUCACUUUAACCAUACACCAUACAUGUAAAUGGAGGUAACCAACAGCUUCGCAGUGUGCACGUCCUUCGAGUCAGGAAGUCAAUUGCAGCACGCAUCUACCUUCCUUGCUUUGUGAUGUGUUUGUGUGCUUUGUUUUGCUAUCCUAUUUAAUAGAGGUUUAUUUAUUAAACCAGUAAUUGUAGGGAACUGAAAACGUAGAUGCAAAUUCAAGUUGCUGAAUUGGAAAAAUUCGCCCUCUUGUUUGUUUUGCCCAAAAUCCUACAUUUCCCUUGCUGACAUGUCCCACAAUUUUUAAGUAUGGCGAAUAAGCCACUUGAGAUUUUUUAUGCUUGCAGCCUGCCUUUGAUCUAUGCAACCUUGACUAUUCUACCUUGUGGGCCAAGAUUUUGACGUCUGGUCACACUGAUCUGUGUUUGUUACCCUUUGCGUCCCAUAGCAGACUGCCAACCUGUCUAAGUUACAAUUGAAGUUUGAUAUUGAUUUAAGUGCAUAGAACUAAGAACAACAUAGCAUUUCAUUUAUACGUUCUGCUAGCCAAGGUGUUAGUAAAAGUAUAGAUGAAGAGUUUAGUAUGAAACUUUUCCUUUCUGUGCUUUAAUGCUAUGACAUUAGCGUAGCACUAAAAAUUACAUUUAAGAGUGCCACCAUGCCCCCUAUCAUACAUCUCGCGAUUAUUCUCAUGUACUUGCAAACUAGGAAUUGCAUGAUGCGGCUCGCAUCGUUUGGUGAUGUGUAUGCUUCCUUACAGCCACUCCAUCCAAUACGCUACAAUUUGUGGUGUACAGAGAAAUGUAUCUUUUAAUCUAUACAUUUGCUGUAGAUUUUGCCAUGCACCUGAAUGUUUACGUCUUAUCCAUACACUGUGCAGAAAAGUCUAUUUGUUGCGCAAAGAGGGAAUUAAAUAAAAGAUGACCCACAUUUAAAGAUGCUGAUGGAAAAUCUGUGUUCCUUUUGUGGGAGUUUGUGGGGAUUCCCUUCUGGAUCCCUGAGAGGCAUCAGACAUUUUUUGAUCAGUCAGUAAAUUUGUUGUCACCUCUAGAAGUUUUGGGGAAUCAUGAGUGAACUGCCAAGAAAUGUUUGAUCAGUACCAGGAUUGAAUUCUAUCUCUUGACCUAAAGUAAUGUUUUUUUUUGUUACCAUCUAAAAGGGUUGAAAUACAUCAUUCUGACCUUGGGACCAGUGAUGAAGUGAUGCAUCUACUGUUAAUGCUUCAAGAUCCAGUCUUCAGCUGCAAAAUUGUGGAAGACUUGCAUUCAUUCUUUUGACAAACAGAAGGCCCCAUAGAUAUAAUGAUUUUCAUGAACAAUCCUGUCAUUUGCCAAUUGUUGUGGUCUAUCAAGUGAUCUUUUCAGUCUGCUAUAGCGUUGGACAAAUCAAGCGAAUAUUCUUCUUCCACUGAUAUGAUGUGUCCUAAGCAAAACGGGCAAAAUUUCUCGACUAAAUUUGACAAAGUUUUUAAAUUUGACAAACUUCUAAAAUUAUUGACAUAACAAAUGGCCAAGCCAUUGUCAAUCUUGAAUAAGAUGCAACAGUUGGUCUUUUCUUUCACACAACUUUUGAGUGUGAAUGAUCCUGCCAAUAGUUCCAGGCAAUCGAUAUGUUUUCCUUUCUGACCAUCUCAUACCAGUAGAAAUAUCUCCACAGCCCAUUCUUCUGCUAACUGUACUGGAGUCUGAUUAUUUCAUAAUGAUAAUGUUCAUAAUGAAGAAGGCUUACAUUCCACUUCUCCGAAUGUUGAAGCCACCAGUAAAGUCCAUCCCAAGCUGCUAUUGAAACUAUUUCUGAAUACUAAGAGUCAAAAGAAAAAAACGAUUAUAAAUAGGAUGGCGCAAAUGGGAGAAGGAUCUUGGUACAUGCAGCAACAAACAAAAACAAAUCCUGGUAAAACGAUUUGAACAUAAAAUAACUUACAGUGGUGAUGGUGCGCAACAAAAAAAAUCGUAUUCACUAUGGAUCUCUUAUAAAGAGUGAAAGUACCUCUGUGUACAUGAAAUGAGGUGUAUACAGAGUGGAAAUAUUAUUAGUAAUUGAAACACAAACAGUGGUUGUUGUAAAACAAAGCACAAUCUGUAGGUAUACUUGCAAACAUGGAAAUCACCGUGAUUUCAUGUACACAGGGGUACUUUCACUCUCUAUAAGAGGUCCAUAGUGAAUACGAUUUUUGUUGUUGCGCACCAUCACUACUGUAAGUUAUUUCUGAAUACUAUCGGCCAAGAUGGAAAAAAAAAUAUUACUUUUUGAUGUUGGAGUGAUCUCUAGAGGAAUGGCCCUAUAAGAAUUACCUGGACGGUGGCUGAUAGCAAACUCACUACUCUGGUUAAUUGUCUCCAUGUCAUUAUGUAUUCAGGAGUCAAUAUAUUUAUUUUUUUGUCUAUUUUAAUCAGAUGGAUUGAGUUUGCCACCCACUCUUUUUGUGUAAAAAUAAAUAAAUAAUAUUUUAAAAAGUGAAUAGGUAAAUGGACAUCUCAAUCUAAUGGUUCCCUUUUAUCUGCCUUGCCAUAGUAUGUGACGUUGUUUGCAAGAAAGAUUUGAUAAAGGCUCAGAGGGGAGCUAAAACGUUGUCUCCACUUUUUUGUUAAUAAUAAAAGACUGCCUCUUAGAAGAAAACCUCAGCUGUGCCUAGAUAUUUAUCUUUUUUUCUAUUUGAUAGUCUGUGACGCUGUGAAAACCCUGGAGCAGAGAUAUUACGGUCUUCGUUCUGUCCUCUCUGUAGGUUGAAGCCUUCUUAGUUCAUUAUGAAAAAAUGGUUGUAUAACUGGCCCUUAUUAAAAAUUGUAGUGGAAAUUUUUUCAGAAUUUUUUUCCACCCAAAUGUACUCAUAGACCGGGCUGUGUCCUUAGUGGAAUUAUCUCUGAGGGACCGAUAAAUUGCCCCUUUGCCCUGUUUGUUCACUGCCACAUGAACGUAAGCUGAAGUAUCCUCCUGCACCCCAUAAAUGUUAGGUUUUUUGUUUUUUUCAGAGACUAUAUAACAGAAAUACAUCCUAACAAAUUUUUAACUGCAUAUUACAUUUUAAAAAAAAAAAAGAAAAGAAAAUUCAAAUGUUUCAUCAUGAAUGGUAAGUGAAGAAUUAAAUAAAGGCGUACAUUUUUAUUAGCCAAGUUAGCAUAAUACAUUAUACUCCACGUCAGUCAGAUACAUUAUAACUGUAUUAAAUGGGAAAGCAGAAAUUAUAAGAUUCCUAUAUAAUCAGCUUCAACAGGAAAAGGAUUUAUGGAUUAAAAAAUGUGCAAUUAAGUAUUUUUGUGUAUUUUUCAUUGAGUCUAAGUUUAAUAAAGGGUGUGUUCUGUAUUCCUAUUAGUGUAAAUAUUUGUACAAUAUGUUUUACUGUAUGCUGUGAUCCAUAGGCAUGCGCACGGGGUGUGCCGGGGCACACCGUAAUCCACGCAGCACGCCUAUGUAUAUUGAGACCGGCAGGGGAGAUCUCAGGAUCUCCCCUGUCGGCUCAUGCAGAGCCGGUGCUAUCCGAGCGCCGGCUCUGCUCUCAGCCUCCCUCCCCACCGACCCACAUGCAGGGAGGGAGGCAGGAGAGGACCGGCGAAGCUCGUGCCAGUAGCUCCGCCAGGUUCCUCUCGCGAGAUAUGAGCGUUGCCACAGCAACGCUCAAAUCUCGCAAGAGUGAACUCUAGCCCCACAGGCUCUGCACACAGACAUACACAGCACCCACAGACAUGAUACAUAGCACCCACAGACAUACACAGCACCCACACACAUACAGCACCCACACACACACAUACAACACCCACAGACAUGCACAGCACCUACACACAUACAGCACCCACACACACACAUACAACACCCACAGACAUACACAGCACCAACACACAUACAGCACCCACAGACAUACACAGCACCAACACACAUACAGCACCCACAGACAUACACAGCACCAAAACACAUACAGCACCCACAGACAUACACAGCUCCAACACACAUACAGCACCCAAAGACAUACACAGCACCAACACACAUAUAGCACCCACAGACAUACACAGCACCAACAGACAUACACAGCACCUACACUCAUACAGCACCCACAGACAUACACAGCACCUACACACAUACAGCACCCAUAGACAUACACAACACCCACAGACAUACAGCACCCACAGACACACAGCACCCUUACACACAGCACACAAACAGCACCCUCACACACACACAGCACACUAACAGUACCCUCACAAACAGGACGCUAACAAACACACACACAGCACACUACCAGUACCCUCACACACAAACAGCACCCUCACACACAGUACAUUAACAACACCCUCACAAGCACACACACAAACAGCACCCUCACACACAGUACAUUAACAACACCCUCACAAGCACACACACAAACAGCACCCUCACACACAGUACAUUAACAGCACCCUCACAAGCGCGCACACACAAACACCCUCACCCACAUAGCACACUACCGGCACUGUCACACACACAUCACACACACACACACAACAGUGUGUGUGUGUAUAUGUGUGUGUAUAUAUAUAUAUAUAUGCGGCGUGUGCUUGUGCUUUAGGGUGCACACCCUAAUGCAAUAGGCUGCGCACGCCUAUGCUGUGAUCUAUGGAAGCUGGAUGUUUCUACAAUAAACUGAGUUCUUUUGAGUUGCCAAGAAGAAGCUUGUUUGUCUCUUCCUUGAGGUCUCACAGAUACCUCAAGUAAGAGAGCAAGUCUAAGUUUACCCUGGGUAAGACGUUUAACUGUUAGCAAAGGGUUUGAUUACUUCCAUUGAUUUCACCCGUUCAGUGCCAGGAUUUAGGGAUCUAUUCAUUUCUAAACUGUAUAUUUUAUUGGUUUUGGUCACUUUAUUCAAUAUAUUUAUGGUCUUUGAGACUAACCAUUAAUGCCGGGCUGUCCAACCUGUGGCCCCCCCAGAUGUUGCUGAACUACAACUCCCAUGAUUCCCUUGCUAUCUGUUUAAUUGAAAGGAUCAUGGGAGUUGUAGUUCAGCAACAUCUGUGGGGCCGCAGGUUGGACAGCUCUGCAUUAUAGUUUUAAUUCCCAAAUAAAUAAAAAAAUUAUAAUCUGCUUUAACUGCAGUAUCAAGAUUUUUAUGAUUUAAACAUCUGGUGUAGAUAUUAACCUUCAUUAUAUGGAGACAGUUGUUAGAAUUUUUAGAAUUUCAAAGUGAAUUUCACAUUUUAGACCAAAAUAGCCAACCUGGAAGCAUAGCUGACUUGGACAAUUUUUGGCCUUAAAAACUUGAAAUUCACUUAGAAUUCCCGACAAGCCUGACUUUAGUAAAUAACCCCGAUUAUGUGGGUUUGGCCUUCAAUGUCAACUAACAUAGACCUGCAACAAGUUUAUUAGUACAUUAAGACUUAUCUAUUGUUUUGCAAACACUUCUUGUGACUUUGCACGUUCUAAAAUAUUCAAGAUGGGCGUAAUGAUACUCAAAAUUAAUAUAGAGAACAAUGUGUUCCUUAUCAGCAGAUGUACACACAUUGCAAUGAUAUAAUCAUUUUCAUUAAGAGUAUAUCGUUAAUCUGUAUUAUUAUUAUUAUGUCAUAUUCCUCCCACUGUGUGUUGGCCAACCCUUCCUAAUUAAGACUUGCACAGUCUCGCUGCCUUCAUCCUUUUUAUAAAGUGUGAUCUUCAUCCAAAAUAGAAAAGAAGAAAAAAAAAUAGAAAUCAGCUGACUUGGUAAAUGUUUGAAAGUCAGCUCUUUUGACGUGAAAUGUACAAUUUCUUUGUCAGUUCUCCACAAACACUGGGGAAAAAAGCAACAGACUUCAGUCGAGGAAAUAAAUGCCUCAAUCCACACAGAUAGAGAGAAAAAAAAUGUAACCUCAACUUUAUUUCUUGUAAAUCAUAAUAAGCCUGGGACAAACAAGGGCUAGCAGUGGAUCAAAGCACAAACAAGUUUCUUACAUUAACGGCAGUUCAUCAGAGUGGCGUCAAAGAAACACUAUAGUGUUAGGAAUACAAAGCUGUAACUCUAUAGUGUCUCCCCCCCCCUCACAAAUAUAGGGAUAAAAAUAUUUUAAACACUUACCAGAUUCAAGCACUGGAGUCCUUUUGGUGCUGGCUCUGUUUCCACCACCUCUAACGUCAUCUCCGAGGGAGGAUUCUAAUGCGCAUGCAUGGCGAACUCCCCGCGCGCAUCAGGCCUUCCCCAUCGGAAAGCAUUUAAAUCAAUACUUUACUAUGGGGGAUUUGAAGAUGCUGGACAUCCUCAUUCGCAGCAUGAGGACGUUCAGUGUAAAAAUGUUCUUAUUUUUUAUUCUUUAUUUUUGCGUGAAUCACAUGACACAAAAUACAUGUGAAAUCUUACAAACAGGAUUCAUUUUUAUAAUACAAUAUACCAUCUUAGGCCUACCCACAUGAGAGUGCAAGUUGAAGAUCUAUUUGGCGCCUCCGGUAACGGACAUCUUUAUAUAUUUAGGAUUGUGCUAAAAUAUUAGUGGUUUGGUUGGGUUUUUUUGUGGAUACAGCAUGAAUCUGAUGUGUAGUACGUUUCUAUGGCUCAGCCGUCGCACUGCCCGCCCCCUAUGCCCAGUGUCGUUUCAUGGAGUUAAACUUUGCGUAAAUGCAGGAAGAGCCUGGUAGAGUCUGGCAGACAUCCACUAGAGACAGUCUUAACCUUGCAAUAUAUAUUUUCUGAAAGGGGACAGUGUGCACCCAUAGAUGAAGUGGUGUGGGGGCAUAUAGUGUCCGUUUAAGCUACAAAACACAUUAGUACUUUGAGCCAAUGCUCCCCCUGUUCAGCCGUAUUGUGAUUUACAAGAUAUUAUGGUGAUGUUGGAUUUUUUCUUUUUUUUUUUUUAAAUCACUGUUCAUAUCGAUUGAAAAAAAUUUUUUGUUCGAGUCAAGUCCACGUUCUUAUUUUUCAAUGUUUCAAACAGUUGUAGAACCUGCAAUUGCCACUCAACUUUUUGUUAGCUGGUAUCCAAUCUCUGUCUUAUCUUUUUAUUUAUUUAUUUUCAUUUUUAUAUUGUCCAUUCUCCACAAAUCCCAGUUUAGUGAACUAUUAUUGCUGCAUGAUCUGAUUCGAACUAACAGAGAUCAAUGUGGGGGUGAAAUGAUCUAGCUUCUGCAUGCUAUGUGGGAUCGGUGAUCACCUUCACGUAAGCUUGCUAAAGAUCAGACAUCCAGAUGUUGAACCCAAAAUUCCCACAGAAUUAUAUUCAGCAACGUGUGUGUGUGUGUUGGGGGUUUAUAGCAUGCAAUUCUAUCAUGCUUUCUAAUCAGAAUGAUUCUCAUCACAGUAGUUAUUUGAGAUUGGUUGGUGUAGAGGUGAAACAUGGAGUGCAUUAAUGAAGCUGCCGUGUAACAAGUAUGAUAGAAGCAAGUGAAGAUGUGUUUUAUUGAUCUAAGAUUUAACUAGGACCCUCCUGUAAACUGGUAGAUCAGAACUCAGUAUAUUCCUUGGCUCAUAGUAUAUAGGACAGACCAAGCAGGGUAUUCAAUAAACAGGAACUGUAGAGAAUAGACAAAAAUAAAAAAAUUGGCUGGUUUGGAGGAUUUUUCCAUUUUGGCUAUUUUUGAUUAAAAAAAAAAAAAAAAAGCCCUCUGUCUACUGAUCAGGAAUUCUCAGACAAACUGCACUUGUACACAGUAACAGCUAAAUGCACAUCAAUAAUUUAAUUUCUGAUGCCCAGCUACUGGAUGUACGCAAAUCAGGCAUGUACAAGCCUACAUGUAAUAUCCAAACUUGGUAAAAAAAAAAAAGUUACAAGAUUUAAUGAGAUUUAUUUAUCUAGUAAGUUUGAUUAAUUAUUAAUUAAGUUUUAAAAAAUUUUGAACUGGAGGAAUUUAAUCACAAACAUAUCUUUUUUUAAUAUAUUUGUAUAUAGUGGUUAAUAUUUCAUUGUUAAUGAGCGUGCCAACACACACAGGGCAUGCAUGAACCAUUUAGUAUGGGGAAAUAAUACCAUUCAAGGUUUCUGGAGAGAUCUUAAUAAACCCUAACAUGGCAUUAUGUUCCCAUAAUGCACAUUUUUUAUUGAAAGUGGUUAUGGUGUUUGGAGGGUCUUUUGCUGGUGGUGUUUUUUCUGUUCUGUGUGUGUGUGUGUGUGUGUGUGUGUGUAUAUAUGUGUGUCACAUACACACAUUUCAAAUCAUCGAACACCUAAUAUCCUUACAUGACCCAUUUUAAUUACCCAGAAGCCUUAAUGAGCAGCUAUAAUAUUGGACAAGAGCCUGGGGGACUUGGGAUCACAUCCUGCCUUUAAUAUUUAGUACGAGUUCAUCUCGGCCAAUCCUUAAAAUGGAAGAUAAUUAACUCUGCUCUUUCCUCUCUCUCUUCAGCUCAAAUCGAAAUAAUUCCGUGCAAAAUCUGUGGGGACAAAUCUUCAGGGAUCCAUUACGGGGUCAUCACAUGUGAAGGCUGCAAGGUAUAGUAUUCCCCGAUUUUUACAUUUUAGAUACAUCUCUGCUAGAAAAACCUAAUUACUUUCACUAAUGAUACAUCAGAAGAUUUGCACAGAGAGAUAGUAUGUAGAACAACCGAGUGAUUUUCUUCUUGUCAAAUAGAAUAGUAAUCCCAGUUACUAUGCCUAGACGUCCCCUGGGAAUAAUGAUCUAUAUGUGUCUAUACAAAGCACAAGGAUCUCAUUUGGUAGCUGCAUGGACUGUGACAUUGAGUCUAAGGCAGGUAAAUGCAGUAGCCCCCAUGGUUUCGACUUGUGACCUUUGGCAAGUGCCAAGUUAGUCCCACUAGUGCCUUAGGCACCAAAAUGUAAUUAUAUACUCUGCGGGGGCCUAAGCUAUAGAGUAUUGCACAAAACCAGGGAUAUAAUAUUUUAAAAUUCUUCAUUGUGGGAUAUUUCGAGAGAAAUACCCUUCUGAUUCUGUCAUGAAGGACAUUGUGUCCCGAGAUUGUGUUAAUCGGUGUAGGUGAGAUAUUUAAAAAAAAUGUCACAAGGACUAUCAAAGUUUGUAACUAAAUGCAAUGUCUAAUUGCUCCCCUGUAGUUUUGCUCAAAUUAUUGGGGGUAGGGGAAAGACCACUUUAAAUUUAAAUUCAAAAAUUGUAAAUUAGAAAAAAAAAUUGUAAUAGUUUGUAUUUUUUUGCAUGUUUCUAGUAGUUCGUAGAAGAUAUAUUUGGAAAGGAGUAUAUUAACGUAUCCCCCCCAAAAAAUUCUUAUUUGCACACUGUUUCUCUCUGUCAUAUUUAAAAAAAUUGUGAUUAUGCAUUUUAUAGUGAGAGAGCUUUCACACAUCCCUGUGUCCUCCUUUGGGGUAAGAGAAUAUUUUUCCUAAUUCCAAGGUGGUGAUCAGAUUACCCCCUGGGUAAAAACAAGCAGUUAACCUAUUUUAUCCCAGUGUAAUACUUUCACUUUACAUUGCAUUUAUAUAGCGUCAAUAUAUUCCACAGCGCUUUAAAGUAAUACAUUGGGGAUAUAAAACAACAAGUAUUGACAUAGAAAGCAGUAAACACUACUAAAAAGACAAGAGGUGAAGAGGGCCCUGCUCAAACUUUCUCACUAUCCAAGAUUCAAAUAUUUGCAUAAUUAAAUGGAAAUGAGUGAUUUGUAUUUCACACUGUACAGUGUAGACAAAAACCCAUUCUGUCGAUCUUCAUCUCGUUAGCAGAAUUUAAAAUGUUGACCUUCUCCCAUAGUGUUCUUCCUAACACUAUAGCGCCCUCUGGUUUCCCCCUCCCGCACGGCCCUAUGGCACAUUAAGGGUCUCAUGGCACUUUAUUUACUUGCCCGAUUCCCAAUUCGAUAUAUCUCAGCGCUGGAUCAUGGUCCGCCUCUUCUGAUGUCAUCCAAAUUAGGCCUUUUCCAUAGAAAAGCAUUGCCUCAAUGCUUUCCUAUGGUUUUUUUUCUCAUCCUGGUUGUCCUCAUGCAGAGCGUGAGGAUGUCCAGCAUCGUUACACGGAGUCAAACUCAGUGAAACUCCAGGAAGUGUCUCUAAAAUGGCAAUGUUUUACAUUGCAGGACUAAAGGGGACACUGCACCCUGACCACUUCAAUGAGCUAAAGUGGUCUGGGUUCCUCUAGUGUCCCUUUUAAUGUUCUUACAUUUUUAUCAGGUAGGAUGGAGGGCUCUGAGCACACAGAGUGCACUACUAGGGUUAUUUACAGCCCACAGGCUUGCGACAUCACAUGUAGCAGGUUUCACUUCUUCGUUAUCUGGUCAAAUGUUUGUACGAUAUGUAUACACGCAUUGAGCUCAUCCUGUGCUCUGAGAUGCUGUAAGCAGUUUUUGUAUAAGAGGAUUUAGCAGUGCCAAAUUGCCACAGCCCAUUUCUGCGUGGUCAAACUGCGUUUGAUUAGACAUAAGAUCAUUUAAAUAAAUUAUAACAAAUUAGUGUGACCUAAUAUCAGCCAUGAAGACUAUAUAAUCCCAUAAAUAUAUGUAUAUGUGUUUUGUAUAAAUUAUAUAUUUAUACAUAAUACUAAUGGGUGUGCAGGUUACAUUACGUAAGGUGCUAGCACACUAAUUAUCCAUACUUUAUAACAGGGGAGGUGAAUAUACACAUAGGGAUUAGAUGUCCCUGCCCUAAAGAAUUUAUAAUCUGAGUGGGAGAGGAACACAUACAGUAAAUUGCAGUUUAUGAUAAUAUCUUCACAAUCUGGUCCCUAAAGAUUUCACGCCAACAUAGAGCAUUGAAAUAGUUUGCUUAUUAUGCAUCAGUAGCCUUAUACAGCCAUUUCUUCUUUAAAUAAUUAGAACAUUUUAUGAAGCCAAGAAUUGUCAUCUCUCCUUAGAGAGUUACGUACAGUGGUGUUGUUUUAGUGUGGCUUUGGCAGCUGCUAUGACGUUGCAAAGAUUGCGGGCGGCGACAGAAGACUUUGGCGAUAAAAUGCCGUUAAUGUAUAGCAGUAACGCAUCGUGUUCUGCACGUAUUGCAGGCUAAUAUGUAUGAAAUAUAAAUUGGGGAUCAUCAGUGCAGAACUACUAAAAUAAUGAAAAUUUUAGAGGUUGGCGUUUCUGAAUAGGAAGAUAUAAUAGUGAAUUUAAUUGUGACGGGCUAAGUGCUAUUCUAGUGGAAAGUGCGAAAUGAGUGGCUGAACUAACUUACCCAGAUUGCCGCUGGGUAAAUGGUACAGAUAGUCAUACUUGUAAAGGUCUAUGGUGAAAGACUGCUUUUAGCCUAUACAGAUUGAUGGAAUUUGCUGUGUAUUUUGUUGUAUGCUGGCAAUAUGAUUUAUAGGGAGACCUUUUUAUUUUCUUAUUUUAAGGGACACAUAAAUUGGGAUGUUUAUACAGUCAAACACAACAUAUGGUCAGGAGACCCCAAAGGUUUUAAUUGGUUGUUAAUUACACUUUUGAACUUUUCUAUUUGGUUUAAUCUGUGAAUUUUAGUUUAUUUUUUUAUAAUGUUGGAUGCAUUAUUAACACUCCAUAGACACACUCCAAGCACACUAGUCCUCUCAUGCCAAACACAGGCAGCCAUGUUACCGUAAAGGAUACUUGUUGUUUAAAUUGCAGCCCCAUUGGAGGUAUGUAGUAUUGAUUUUUAAGGAAGUAAUCUCCGUAUUCUCAGUGAUGGGUCAUAUACACUUUUAGUUUUUUGCGUGAAAGCGGUAUGUGAUAAAUCACUAUGUGUGAAGUUGCUGGAGGCAGAAUUAUCAAUGGGAACUUUAAGUGUAUGUAUGCGUUUGGGUGACAGGCUGCAAAGUUUGCAUUUAGUACAUUUCUGGUUUGUUUGUUGUGAUGGUGCCUGCUCUGAAUUCUACAGGUUUUGCUCAUGCCAGUGGUUCUGAACCCUUUCGUGAGUGAAUUACACUGAAUAAAAUUAUAAACGCAACACUUUUGUUUUUGCCCCCAUUUUUCAUGUGCUGAACUCAGAGAUCGUAGACCUUUUCUAUGUACAUAAAAGGCCUAUUUCUCUCAAAUAUUGUUCACAAAUCUGUCUAAAUCUGUGCUAGGGUGCACUUCUCCUUUGCUGAGAUAAUCCAUCCAUCUCACAGGUGUGGCAUAUCAAGAUGCUGAUUAGACAGUAUGAUUAUUGCACAGGUGUGCCUUAUGCUGGCCACAAUAAAAGGCCUCUCUAAUAUGUGCAGUUUUACUGUAUUGGGAGGGCCGGGGGGUCUGAAAACCAGUCAGUAUCUGGUGUGACCACCAUUUGCCUCACGCACUGCAACACAUCUCCUUCGCAUAGUUGAUCAGGUUGUUGAUUCUGGUCUGUGGAAUGUUGGUCCACUCCUCUUCAGUGGCUGUGCAAAGUAGAUGGAUAUUGACAGUUCAGUGUAUUUAGCAGACUUCGUGUAUUCAGAAAAAUAUGUGAAUCUGCCAAACUAUUGUAGGAAAUGAUAUGAUAUAUAUUAUCAGGUUAGUACUUUGAUUUGUCUCUAUUGAUUUGUUUUUAUUUAGGUGUAUAUUUGCACCAGGCCUCAACAUAUGCCUGGCACCAGUCUGCCAAUCUCAUCUCAAAUAGAUAUUGGCACGCAAACAAAAUAAAAGGAGAAAAUCGAUUAUUGCAGUGCUUAUAGAUUUAAAAUAAUCCCCAUCAGUGCAGCAUUCUGAUUGCCAACGCAGCUACCCUAGCUUCCUAACAGUGAAAAGUUAACAUAAAAGAAACAAAAUAGGCACCAGCACCAAUUAUGCUUAGUGGGGGACACUGGUAGAUAUUGAAGGACUUGGAAAGAUAUACAUAUUUGGGGCACUGUGCCAUUUAUCAAUGUAAAAAUGGGAAGCCAAUGGCAAUGCCAAUGAAUCUUGAAAUGUUGACUGUCCUUGAGAUUUGGUUUAAGAAGCGCGACUGUAUGAGGUUUGUUGUCCAAUGGGUACAGUGUGUAAUGUGUGCUAUAUGGAUAGUGUGUGGACUCUUACUCCCAAAAUGUGUUGACUACUGAGCCACCGAGACUUUAGAAAUGCUUUGCUAUUUACAGCAUUCGGUUUUCAAUUUCAAUGUAAGUAUGUUGGUUUCUACGCUCUUUCAUUUUAAUCUGCAUCUAUUUUCUCAUGUAACGCAGCUAAUUCUCUUAUCUUGCAUAUAACUGCCCUUCUUUUGACCUGGUAAAUGACGCAAUGUCAAUGAUUGUAUUGUCUAAAAUUGUACUUUAAUGAAAAUUACAAUAAAAUAAAUGUAGGUUAUGAGAUUGUGAAAUAUUGUGUAUGAUGAGCACAGUUAAUGAUGAGUCUUAACUCUACCUUAAUUUAUUGGGCUGGCUAAUGAAAUUCACAACGAUCACAUUAAUUUUGACAAUUCAUCAUGUUUACAUAGAAUAUGUUUCAGACCUGACCUUGCUUUAAGAACAGGUUUAUUAAUUUCUUAUGCAAAAUUAAUUUUAUUCUUGUGUCUGCCUGGUCGCUAGGUACCUAGCAGAGUCUUCCUCUUAUUAGCUGUUCAGUAGAACAAAAUCGACAGUCUAGAUACAAGAGGGCCAGCCGUUAGGCUUGCUGCAAUAUAGUCAGUGGGCCCAGUAUAAGUCUCUCUAUGCCAGGCAUAGGUAACCUUUAGCACUCCAGAUGUUUUGGAUCACACCUCCAAUGAUGAUGCUUUGCCAUAUAAACUGCUCCGUUGGUCUAAUAAAGUGAAUGUGACGGGAAGAAGUUUGGUAAACGUAUAAAAAAAAUUUAAAUGGGGAAACAAUACAGUUGUUACAAAUCAGCGGAGUACGGAGUACUUUGUGUCCAUUAUUAUAAUGGUUGAUAUGAGAACACACUGCAUGAAUAAAGUGGUCAACAGUUUUGAAAAAGAAAAGAAUGAGAAAAAAAAAAGCCCCAAAACAUUAAUACUUGGCUUUUAUUUUGAUCUGAAUAAAAGUUUAUACACAGGAAAGUCACAUGUCCACUGGCUAUUCUGUUGGCCACUUUAAUCACAGAGUGACACAUUUGUGGGCAGAAAAAAAAUCUUAAGGCAAAUCUGAGAAGAUCCUCACUUUAAAAUCACACUCUGGACGUACAUCUAAUUUGUAAUAAUGUCAGUCAAAUGAAUAUACUUUCACAGCUUUUUGAUAACUCUUUUUGUUUGGGGGAUUGUUGAGGGGUUAACAAGACAUCCUUUGAGACUAUUCCUGCCAAGUGCAAAAUCAAAGUGAAUUUCAAACGUUAGGCCAAAGUAGCCGAGUCUGGAAGCUGCCGCAGAGAAUAUUUCCAAUUCAGCUAUUUUGACUUUAAAUCUAAAAUUUACUUAUUAUUAUUAUUAUUUAUAUAGCGCCAACAAAUUCCGUAGCACUCUACAAUAGGUUCACUUUGAAUUCUCACUUUAGUAAUUAAUCCUGAGUGAGACUUGAUCAUAAUAUAUUGUAUAUAAUCCUGAAGCAGCUGUUUAGGUCACCGGCCUCCUCCUUUUGCAGUAAAAAGGUUUUUUGGGGGUUUUUUGGGGGGGGGAGUGGAGGGUUAAGCUUUUCUCCCACAACAUGCUGGUCUCAUCUUGCCUUGUUCCGCCUUCGUGACUGAGAUCACCAAAUUUGAUGAUCUCUGCCAAUCCAUUACUUUCCCAUAGGAAAGCUUUAGGAGACUGCUGCAUUAAAUCGGUGCAUCUUUAUGUGAAAUUUGCAGUGUCUCCAUGUAGAGCGUGGAGAAGCUAAACGCAGUGUGCAGCACUAAACUAAAUAGCACCUCUAGUGGCCGUCUAAGUGACUGCCACUCGAGAUGUUCCUAAGCAGCAGUGUAAACGCUGCUUUUUCUCUGAAAAGGCAGUGUUUACAGUGUUAAGACUGAUGUGACAUCCUAUAGACACCAGAACGUUAAUCAGUAGUGGUUCUGGUGACUCUAUUGUCCCUUUAACCUUGUUACACCCACCAGGCUGUCAAUCAGAGAACCAGUCCUAUUACUUCCUGGUUUGUUUAAUUCAGUAGAGCUAAACUCAAGAGUCAGCAAUUGCUCAGAGCACUUGUCAUGCAGAGACUUCUCAUUGAGCUGCACAAAAAGUCUGUGCUGGCGGAGAAGAGGAGGGCUUGCAAAGGCUGCAGACAAGAGAACAGCAUUUUAUUGCAAGCUUUAUUUAGAUAUAUCCUCAGUGGGGACAAAAAAACAAACUCAUUUGGUGCAAAAUUGUGUCUUGGAGCCCUAUUUAAACAAGGGGAAACUCGUGGCAGUCCAGACCUCUGGAAUUAGAGAAAUCUAGAAACACCACCAAUGGUACCUUGUUCUUGAUGUGGGUUAUCACUGUAAUCCAGUACAGGUGGUGGAGCGUUGAUUUAAUGUGUUUCAAUCCAUUUGUUUUGAAUCUUUUACCAGCUGAAGUUUAUUCAGGAGAAAGUGAAAAAGAGAUUGGCCAUACUAAAAGCAGUGUGUGUUCUUACAUAGUUACAUAGUUACAUAGCUGAAAAGAGACUUGCGUUCAUCAAGUUCAGCCUUCCUCACAAAUGUUGUUGCUGUUGAUCCAAAAGAAGGCAAAAAAUCUGGUCUGAAGCGCUUCCAAUUUUGCCACAAACUAGGAAUAAAUUAAUUCUUGACCCCAAAAUAGCAGUCAGAUGUCUCCGUGGAUCAAGCAGCUAUUACCCCACUAAUUAGAAAUUAUAUCCCUGUAUGUUAUGUUUUUGUAAGUAUUUAUCCAAUUGCAGUUUAACCCCUUAAGUACCAAACUUCUGGAAUAAAAGGGAAUCAUGACAUGUCACACAUGUCAUGUGUCCUUAAGGGGUUAAACAUCUGUACGGACUCUGACAAAACCACCUCUUCAGGCAGAGAAUUCCAUAUCCUUAUUGUUCUUACUGUAAAAAAACCUUUUCUUUGCCUUAGAUGAAAUCUCCUUUCUUCCAGCCUAAAUGUGUGACCUCAUGUCCUAUGUAUUGCCCUGUUUAUGAAUAGAUUUCCAGAUAAAGGUUUGUACUGGCCCCGAAUAUAUUUGUAUAAAGUUAUCAUAUCCCCUCUCAGGCGCCGUUUUUCCAAACUAAACAGAUUUAAUUUUUUUAACCUUUCUUCAUAACUAAAAUGCUCCAUUCCUUUUAUCAAUUUUGUAGCUCGUCUCUGGACCCUCUCCAGUGCCAUGAUAUCCUUCUUUAGAACAGGCGCCCAAAAUUGCACAGCAUAUUCAAGGUGUGGUCUUACCAGCAAUUUAUAAAGAGGCAAAAUUAUAUUUUCAUCCCGAGAAUUUAUGCCCCUAUUUAUACAUGACAAAAUCUUACUGGCCUUAGCAACUGCAGAUUGACAUUGCAUAUUGCUGCCUAAUUUGUUAACAAUUCCCAAAUCCUUCUCGUGUGUGGUUAUCCCUAAUUCACUACCAUUUAGUGUGUAAGUUGCUUGUGCGUUCUUAACCCCGAAGUGCAUAACUUUGCAUUUCUCUAUGUUAAAUUUCAUCUGCCAUUUUAGUGCCCAGUCCCCCAAUCUAUCCAAAUCUCUGCAGUAAAGCAAUAUCCUGCUCACAUUUAAUUACUUUACAAAGUUGUGUGUCAUCUGCAAACACUGAUUCAUGGCAUACAUUGCUUUCAAUGCCUAUUACAAGAUCAUUACAAGAUCAUUUAUAAAUAUGUUAAAUAGAAGUAUAAACAUCCAAUGUAUUCUUCAAACUGGUAUGACAGGCUGUCAUUUAGUAUGUCGAAGUAAGGAGCCAGCCAAGUAAAGGCGUUCUAUCUUUUUGUUUUGAUAAGAGGGUAACUGCCAUAAAGAUUCCAGUAUCAGAGUUGAUCACGAUCCAGAGUUAGUGUCCUGUUGAUAGCGUUUUUAUUCAAAAUUAAGUGUUUCAAUUAAAUUGCCAUCAAAAAAUGUUACAACCCUUUUCUGCCGGUAAUAAGUUACAAAUCGUUAUCGAAUCAACAACCUGAGCCGAAAGCAGCCCUUUUACGUUUUUUUUUUUUGGUUUUUUUCUUUUGGUUUUCAUUUCCUUAUUCUUCUUGUAUCUCAACGAUUGUACCCCCUUGCCACAUGCCUUUAUUUUAUACUUCUUAUAUUUUCUUCCUUGUGCAAGAUCUUAGUAUCUGGGUGCAACCAUUUUUUUUCUUCUCUGUCCUCUGUCCUUCUGUGGGAUUAGUUUUACUCCCUACUUUUCCUCUGUAUUUUACUGAAACUAGAGCGCUCCGCAAAAAAAAUAGAAAGAUAUUCAGGCACAGGAAGCUGUAUAGAAGCAGAUUAGGUAAAGUUCAUUUUCGGUGGCCGAGCACUUUAACUACAGUCAGCAUUGUCUGUCACAUAAUCUCACGAUCAAUACUCCAGGAUCACAAGGUUAACGACCAACAAAAUGGUUACAUCUUAGAAAUCUCUGAUCUGCCUGUUUGACCCCUUUUAUAGUGAUGACAAUAGGUGACGUGUGUCAUUAACCUUUUGUGUUAUUAAUUGUCAUUGAUAUGUGUUUACAUUUCUUUGAGCACGUUGAGAUCAGAGAUUUUGGGUGAAGUGUACGUAUGUGUGUUUUUUCUGUGUUAGCUGUUUUUGUUACUUUAUUUUGUUGUUACGGAGCUUAUUAGUCCAUUCAUUGUUUUAGUUAAUUAAUGAGGAAUUGUUAGUGUAACUGGUGGCAUUGCUUUUUAACAUCAACUCAGUCAAGGUGGUUACGAUUUUAGUUCACACAAAAACUCUUGCUCGAAAGGUGAUUUCUGUGAUUUAUCAAGGUUCCAUGAAACCUUUGAAAGUUCAACUGUUUUUCGGAUUGUGAAAGCAACAACAUUGUUAAAGGAACACUAUAGGCAUAUAGUGCCAUGUAUUCAGAAACGAAAAUGGUUUCAUUGCAGGAUUAACCUGCUUUCAAUGACUGUCACUCUGACUUCUCCUCAAAUAGUCUCAUAAAGACCAUCUGAUUGGCGCAGCGUGGCGUUUUGCCGCGCGUGUACACUAGCCUCCCAAUGCUUUCAUAUAGGAAAGCAUUGGAUUGACUAUUAUCGAUCUUGAUGAUAUAAACCAAAGUGGCGGAGUGGCACGCCAGUGACCCGCACUGCAAGUCAGAAACAGUAAGUAAACGCACCUUUUUAAUCCUGACCGGCAGGGCCUGGUCACCUAAAUGGUGACUAUGGCACUAUAGCGUUAAUAAUACAUAUUUGUAUUCCUGACACUACUAAUAACAAAGUUUUAUUACAUGAGAGGUAACCCCGCUUUCAUUUGUGUUGCUUACAAAUGAAUUGGCAAUGAUAUGAUUAGGAUCAUUUGUUGCUAAAUACUCUGCUUAUGGGAUCAAAACCCUGUGCUGUACAGUUCCACUCUCCAUUCAUUAGUAGCAAUGUGUUUAUUCAUAUUUACAUUUUAUCAAUAAAUUGUAAAAUAUCUGAUGCUGCAUUAAGUUCUGAAAUGGUUUAUGCACAUAAUAGUAUCUGUCACAGAGCUAAGGUAUGACCCUGACAUAUCUAAAGGAGAACUUCUGUAUUAUGAGAAUAUUAGGUGUUUGCCAAUCCCCAGAAGAUAAAUGAAUGUGAUCUUGUUUCACCGCUACUCCCGCAGGACACAAGUAUAUUACGUAACACACAUACUGACUGGGUUAAUAUAAAUACAGGAAUCUCUCAUAUUGAUCUAUACCUGCAUCUCUAACCACAGGGAAUAUGUUUAGUCCUCAUGACUGUGAGAGCUAAAGAAACACGUAAAAAAAAAAAAAAAAGACCUACAUUUUAAUUGCCGGCCCUAUUUGGGAGAUUAAUGAGCCAGAGUAUCUUGCCGCAGCCAGCCAUAAAUCACUGAGCUUUCAGAGAGUCUCCUUGUCACCUGCUGGAGCAGAGACUGCUCAGCGUGGCUGCCGGUACAGAGAGGUAUGGCAGCUGGCAGCUGCUUCCUAGUAAUUAAACAGCCAAUGAGCAGCUAAUUAAGACAUAUGUGUAUAUAGGAUUGGAUAUGGUUAUGGUAAUGAACUAUAGGAAUCCAUUUGUUAGGUGGGAAUUGUCAGAAUGCAGGGAGGCCCGCUUCAUCCAUUCCUUGUGACUUCAGAUUGUUAGCGUAGAAAUGAGGCACACGGGGAGCUGUUUGAUUUAAAAAAAAAACAGAAACAAGUAAGAGGACUUAGAGUCUGGAUGUAUAGAAGAGUGCUGUGGGUUAGUGGCAGAUAUAACGAUGUGAGCUGAUGUAGUGGUGGCUGAAGAUUUUACAAGUAGACUGCAGAAGUUUAUUUUGGAACAGAGUGUAAAAGGGGCUUUCUGUUAUGUGAAUAUCACUAUCCGUAUAAACUUUUUUUUAAAUUUUUGAGUUUUUCCAUUUUGUUGUAUGUCAACGUUACUCUUCAAGAUAAUAUUUACAGUAUUUUGUAUCACCCUUUAUUUCCUUCAGGGAUUUUUUCGGCGUAGCCAGCAGAGUAACGCCACCUACUCGUGUCCACGGCAAAAGAAUUGUUUGAUUGAUAGGACAAGUAGGAAUCGCUGUCAGCACUGCCGAUUGCAAAAAUGCCUCGCUGUGGGCAUGUCACGUGAUGGUAAGUGGGAAAGCAAGCGAAUUGGCCAAUAAAGCAGUUAACAUUACGACACUAACAUAUGGCAAAGUAUGACUUACUAAGUAGCUAUGGAUCUUCAUCAAGUAGCCAUUCUCUUUCUAUUUCUCUUCAGCUGUGAAGUUUGGCCGCAUGUCCAAGAAACAGAGGGACAGUCUCUAUGCUGAGGUACAGAAACAUCGCAUGCAACAACAACGAGAUCACCAGCAGCAACCUGGAGAGGCAGAGCCACUGACUCCUGCCGGGUACGGCUUAACCCCCAAUGGGCUUACAGAACUGCGGGAAGACCUGAGUGGCUAUAUGGAAGGGCACACACCAGAAGAAGGUAAAACCGAGUCGGCAGUGAGUAGCUUCUAUCUUGACAUUCAACCAUCCCCAGACCAGUCUGGCUUAGACGUCAACGGCAUCAAACCCGAGCCUCUGUGUGAUUACACGCCAGCCUCUUCCUUUUUUCCAUACUGCUCCUUCACGAAUGGAGAGACCUCCCCAACUGUUUCCAUGGCAGAACUUGGUAAGUCACUGUAGAAGGAGCAUGUGCUUACAUAAAAGAUUUCCUGAAGUUGUGUUGAGCAGACCAGAGUUAAUGACUAUUAAUUUUGCUCACAGUGCUUUAGGUUCAUGACUUGAAACUAUAUAAACAAAAAAAAAUGUACUUUAAGCUAGCUUUAUAUUAAAAUAUGACUUGUGUUAUCAGAAUAUCAGGGCUAAAUCAUUAUUUAUAGUUAUGUAAUAGAGAUGCUUUUUCAUCUUAAAGUGGCCACCUUCCACCAAAAUUAAUUGUAGAAUAUUACAUCCCCCAACUGGAGAGGGAGAGAGAGAGAGAGAGACAAUCCCAGAAAGCCGCCUCCUUCCUGCUCUUUCCGUGGGAAAGCCAAGUUACGUUUCUAUCUUCUUCAGAGUUGUUUUAACUUUAUAAGAUCUGCAAGUUGUGUUAUUUUUCACUUUGACUUAGACCUCCUUGUCACUGGAUCUUCUACCCUGCAAGUGUUUUGUAAGAAUAAGAAACCUGGGCUGCCGAGAGAAAACUGUCAGCGUUUUCCAGCUAUGCCCUGCCAGGUUUAAUGCCCAUUCAUGGCCUGCUAUCUCAUAAUUCUCAUAGUUCUCUCAUGGAUGGGCUGGGUGAGUAGAAGCAUUCUUGGAGUUCACUGAUCCUCAGAUUCUCAUUAAGCAGCUGCAUUGGAGAGCAUUCACAGGCUUUGGCUUAUUGCUGCAUCAGCCUUGCACCUGCAUAUGCAUCCACCCUGUGUAUCUUUCAGAAGCCCUGGAGAACGAAGUUAUUUGCUUCAAGUGUGACAUUUGUAAUUAGGGGAAGGACCUUUUACACAAAGUGGACUGUUUAGUAAUGGCAGCCUAUUUUUGUCCAUGUGCUUUGAACAUGCCUGAUCCCUCCAACAGUAAUUGGGCCUCUCCUCCAGAUCUACACCUGCAUUCCUGGACAUUUUUGUGGGGAGAGGUAACAUACUCAUAGAGCACCAUUAUGGCCUCUAAGGGUGAGAGUGGCUGCGCUAGAAAGGGAUACCCAUGAAGCUAUUUCUGACUCCCCAAUUAACCCGUGUGAAGGAUGUUUAAGUAAGAUCAAAAUGGUAAGCAACAACUGAAAAGACUUCCAGUGAGGUUAUCUGGUAUAUCCGCACUUAAAAAAAGCACAUGUUUGGCUGUAAGAAGAUAUUGAACUCACAUGAAGCUUAUUGUUUGAGAUUGUCCAUCUCUUCUUAAGGAGUUACUUGUGCAAAACAAACAGUGCAAAAACAGAAAUUUCAGUAUAAAAGGCUGAAGGAACCAAAAUUUAAUUGUAAGGGGUGUAUAAAAAAACAAAACCAUAAAAAAAAAAAGAUGAAGAGUGUCACUGCCCGUGUCAGUCACAGUAACCACCGAAAAUAUAUAAAGAAAUCUUUUUGGAUCUCAUAGUGAUAAUUUAUCAAGAUUUUGAUUACCUCUGUGUCUUUGUUUUUGGUUCCCUUUGUGAUAACAACUCCCAAGAGGAUUCAGAUGGGGUCUCUCAAGUUUCUGAGGAGGAUUUCAAACUCUUUGCAUCCAUUUUCACAUUCCAUUUAAAACACAAGCGUUUUACUCUUGUUAGACCAAUAUAACGCACUUAAACUGGAUGAUGUCUUGCCUUUUAUCUACUAUAAAAUACAGAAAAGAACAUAGUGCAGACUAUCUGUUGGAAUAGUACAAUAUUGUUUUAGAGUAUAUGGCAGAAAACUCACAUGUACCGGAGCCCUAUCACCCCUGGCUCUGGGUUUGAAGUGCACCAGUGGAGAGGUAUAUUUCCCACAGCGUGGGAAACUCGAUUCCAGGUAAUGCAUAUACAGGUAUUCCACAAAAGCCGGAGAUAAGAAGAGAGGCAAGGACCUCCAAUUAAAUAGUAUCUAAAUGCUUUUAUUGUUAUAUAGGAUUAAAAACGCUUACUUAUGAAUUGGUGGGCAUACCAGCAAAAUGGUUUUGUGGUUUCACUCUUGCUGGCUGUGUUUUCAAGAGUCACUUCAAAAGUUCUGAAGCCUCUGCUUUGGAUGAGCUACUAUUGUAUAUCACUACUUUCCGGUACACAGAAAUGUCCUCUAUAAUCAAUAAAGCCUGGAUUUAACCACAUGUAGUCAAUCACCCCUAAAGAGACAAGCAUGUUGGAGUCAGUCUCUGCUGUGGAGUGUGCUUUUUCAUCUGUCACUAAGAAAAGCACUGGAGAGCAUCCAAUUUCUCAAGGGCACUUUGCCUACAUGUUACAUUCUGAGACUUACCAAAAGAAAUUGUGUUCUGAAGAUCCUUCUGCAAAGGUCAUUGUGGCUUACAAACUAGUCUGACUAUGGUUUCAAGUUAAUGCUUCUUUAUCUUUAAGAUGUCCCAGGGUAAAAGUGCCUAUUUUUUUCAGGACAACGGGCCACAAGUGCCAAACUUGGUUGGAAGGCCAUGUUUGGCUUUUGGUCCAGGUCUUCACAGACCAAAAAAAAAAAUCACCUCUUCCUGGUUCUGCUCCACUAAUGAACAUUGUGGGUAUUGAAUAUCAUGUUCUCGGGUUACCAAGCAAGAGUUAAAUCCUGCCCUCUGUAGGUUUUAUUUCAUAUGUCUUUCUAAAGAGUCCAGGCACUGCUGGACUUGGUGAAAACACUGAAUGUGAUGCAGAGAGUGCUCUUGUCUUUCCUUCAGAAACCAGAGUAAACUUCUACUCCAAACUUUUUGUGGUCGCAAAGAAGGAAUUAUCAUUCUGGCCCAUCUUGGAGAUAAAGUUCUUGAAUUGAUUUAUAAGAGUUCCUAUCUUUGAGGUUGGUUAUUUCCUUUCUGCAGAAAGUCCACCUUUCCAAUUACCUGGCAUUUCAACAAUGUCUUUCUUCAUAUUUCUAUCCACCCUGACCACUACUGGUUUCUCUGCUUUGCUUAUUUUGACCAUCAUUAGCAGUUUGUGACAUUAAAAUCUAGUCUAGACACAGCUCCAUGGGUCUUUACCAAAGUGUUGAGUGCCCUAACAUCCUCGGCCCCUCAGUUUAACUAAAUCUGAUAUAGAUGUCAUUUAUUACUCCAGACUCUUACAUGUAUGCAUUUCUUUAUUUAGACCUACUCAUCUGACUCCCGUGAAACCUUGGCUGGUGCAUUAACCAUCCCAACAAGUUACUAACAUGGAAUACCAAGGUCUCCUUUUUUUUUGUACAGUUUUGUUUAUGGCAUAGCCAUGUGCUGCUUGUCUCUGGCUUCGUGAAGAUUCCGGUUCUCAUAGUUGUAUCCUCGGAGGGGGCACCCUGUCAGCCUUUACAAUAGUUUUUCCUCCUACAGUCGGAUGGGGAAUCUGUGCAUAUCUCAGAGAAUUGUCUUGAGCCCUCUAGUCAGGUGCUCUUUGUGCAGGUAGAGUUUUCACUAUUUAUGCAGGCCUACCUAGACUAUGGCAACAGCAGACUCCAGAACCUUGGUGUGGGAUAACGUGUACGUGUUGCAAGCUCCGGGUCACCUGGUCUCCUCUGGAAGUGAGGCUACCAGUGAAUGUCCAGUCAUGCUCUCCCGGUCUUGGCCUGUCCUACUUGAAGUGACCCAUAUCCAUCUCCAGUCCAAUAUUGUUACUGCCAAGGUUAAUGUCCGUGACCAGGGAUUGCCAUGGUAGAGGUCCCCAGAAUUCUCUAAUGGGCAGAGAAUAACAAGGUCCUUCUUUCUGUUAUUCGCAUCACCAGAUCUUUCACAUGGGAGAAUUGAGUUUCUAUCCAGAAGUGUUUGCCUCUCUGGUGGACAAGUUGGAAGUUCUGGAGAUCUCACAGGAUCCAAAGGCUGCUUGGGUGUAUGUAUUUUCUUGGUUUUCUGUCGUAUGUCUCUGAUUCAACACGCUUGCUUCUUGGUGAAUAAAUCUACAAGGACUGACUGAGCAGUAGCUAUGUCCUGAAAAUUUUGACUUGUGAUUUGGAUAAGAUUUGAAGAGCAACCAUUUGGUCCUACUUGCAAGCUUUAGGCAAACUUUGUUGUUCUGAUGCAUUUGGAUGUAAAGGUCUGUGGGAAAUUGUUCCCAUUUUUAGGCUCCUGUACCUUUCCUUCCCUGUGAUCCCAUUACAAUGAGAAACAUAGAAACAUAGAAUGUGACGGCAGAUAAGAACCAUUCGGCCCAUCUAGUCUGCCCAAUUUUCUAAAAACUUUCAUUAGUCCCUAGCCUUAUCUUAUAGUUAGGAUAGCCUUAUGCCUAUCCCAUGCAUGCUUAAACUCCUUUACUGUGUUAACCUCUACCACUUCAGCUGGAAGGCUAUUCCAUGCAUCCACUACCCUCUCAGUAAAGUAAUACUUCCUGAUAUUAUUUUUAAACCUUUGUCCCUCUAAUUUAAGACUAUGUCCUCUUGUUGUGGUAGUUUUUCUUCUUUUAAAUAUAGUCUCCUCCUUUACUGUGUUGAUUCCCUUUAUAUAUUUAAAUGUUUCUAUCAUAUCCCCCCUGUCUCGUCUUUCCUCCAAGCUAUACAUGUUAAGAUCCUUUAACCUUUCCUGGUAAGUUUUAUCCCGCAAUCCAUGAACCAGUUUAGUAGCCCUUCUCUGAACCCUCUCUAAGGUAUCAAUAUCCUUCUGAAGAUACGGUCUCCAGUACUGUGUACAAUACUCUAAGUGAGGUCUCACCAGUGUUCUGUACAAUGGCAUGAGCACUUCCCUCUUUCUACUGCUAAUACCUCUCCCUAUACAACCAAGCAUUCUGCUAGCAUUUCCUGCUGCUCUAUUACAUUGUCUGCCUACCUUUAAGUCAUCAGAAAUAAUCACCCCUAAAUCCCUUUCCUCAUAUGUUGAGGUUAGGACUCUAUCAAAUAUUCUGUACUCUGCCCUUGGGUUUUUACGUCCAAGAUGCAUUAUCUUGCACUUAUCCACAUUAAAUGUCAGUUGCCACAAUUCUGACCAUUUUUCUAGUUUACCUAAAUCAUUUGUCAUUUGGCUUAUCCCUCCUGGAACAUCAACCCUGUUACAUAUCUUAGUAUCAUCAGCAAAAAGACAUACCUUACCAUCAAGACCUUCUGCAAUAUCACUAAUAAAAAUAUUAAAGAGAAUGGGUCCAAGUACAGAUCCCUGAGGUACCCCACUGGUGACAAGUCCAAGCUUCGAAUAUAUUCCAUUAACUACAACCCUCUGUUGGCUGUUACUCAGCCACUGCCUUACCCAUUCAACAAUAUUUGAAUCCAAACUUAAAGAUUGCAGUUAAAUGUUUUCUUACCUAUAAAUUCCUUCUCAUCUGUGUGGUCACAGUCGUUGAGCACCACCCCUGGCAUCCUUAACAUGCCCAUGCCUGAUGGAUUUGCUCCUACCGGGAUCUGUUUCUCGCUGGUUUCUUUCCCUUCUGCCUGGCUAACUUGGGAAUUUCCAGUGAGUGGAGCAGGAAGGAGAUGGUGUCGCAAGACUUUUUGGGAUUGUUUCUACCUCUCCAUUUGGGUGUGCAAACAUUCCACAAGUAGACCAUGGCCACACACGAAUCUAUUAGUAAGCAUACGUUUCAUUUUUGUUUACUGCUUUUAAAUUAGAUUGCCAAAUUUUUUUAUUUAUUUUUUUAUUAAGGGUGUGGGUGAUUCUAGCUAAACUGGCAUAUUUUAAUUUAAAUUUUUUUUGAAAUAUUAUUCAAGGUUAAGAAAUUUGUAUGUAAAUAGUGCGAGUGAGGUGUUUACAAUCAGUGUGGUGAGUUUAAAAAGUAUGCAUUUGGUGAUGUCAAAAAGAGACAAAUUUAUUCACUAAGCUCUAAUUAACAUUAAUUUAAAAAUAAUUAUCAAUGAAAAAAUAAAUCUCCACAUAGCUAUUAUAUCAUGUUGACUGUUUGCCAUCUGGAUUUCAAUUUGCUGUUUUGGUUUCCGCAAAUUGUAGAUAAAGUGGCUCUGACACCUCAAACUUAAUUUUAUCGUAUUGUUUCCUUUACUUUUCCUCUCUCGGAAUCUGCUUUUAUUUCUUCACUUCUGAUGUAUUUUUCUUUUUAUAACAUAAGGUUAUUUAUAACAAAGUAUGAACAGCUAUGCCUUGUGUAUUUUUCCUACGCUUGGCCAUUUUGAGAAGGGGUGAAGCUAAAGGCAAGCUCCACUUCCUUAUGUCGAGAUAACAAAGAAAGUGAAGCUUGCCUUAUGCUCCACUCUUUGUCGACAUUUUGUUACAACAAGUGUAAUUGAAAUACAGAAAUGAAGAAAAGAAGAGCACAUUUUGAAAGACAAGAGGAAACCAUAGAAGCAAGUUUGAGUUGGCGAAGCCACUUUAAGUCAACAAAACCACUAAAUAUGUCAAACACUAAGGGUUUUAUUCAUCAUGCACCAAAUUGUAGUGAAUGGAAAACUAAAUUGCUAAAUUUCUGAAAAAUUAACUGAUUUAGUACAAACUAAAUCUGCAUCGAACAGCUUGGAUGAAAUUUUGCAAUUUUUGGCUGAAAUCUUGCAAUUUAGUUUCCAAUUCGCUGCUGUUCAGUGUUUAUGGAGUAAACCCUUUCGAUUUGGCCUGGUGGCACUGAGAUAGCUCAGUCCUUAGUGCUCUGGCUACAGAGUCUCAAGUAUUCAUGUUAAAACAUAACCUUUUGUAAUUCCAGAGCCAAUUAUUUUGUUAUUUAUGAUUCCAUACUGAUAUACAUUAACAAAUGCCUUAAUUUUCCCCAUUCUCAUUCUUUCCCAGAACAUCUCGCUCAGAAUAUCUCCAAGUCCCAUAUGGAAACAUGCCAGUAUUUACGAGAGGAACUUCAGCAGAUUACGUGGCAGACCUUUCUUCAGGAAGAAAUUGAAAGUUACCAGAGCAAGGUAUAAGUCACAGUGUGAGGUUAAAUGGUACUUUGUGACAAAUAAAAAAAAAAAAUCCAUAUCCAAGUGAAAAUUCAGGCCUGGCAUGUAGAAAUUGAAAUUAGGACUGUCUACUUGUGUAGGAUUUGAAAUGUUAUACCGUGUAUACACACUAGUACCAUAUCCUGACCUCUCCCACUAUACACUAAAAUUCAUCUUGGCUUCUCGCACUAUUAUUGUGUAAACUACAACAACUACAUUUUCAUUUGAAAACACUCCUUAAUCUGUGGAACCUCUCGUAAAUCUAAUGGUACAGCACUUAGGCCUGCUGAUGCUGGACCUCCCUUCUCACUUUAGAACACUAAAUCGGGAUGCAGGAAGACUGCCGUUACCUUAGAUCAACUCUUUAACAUCACCUAGCUUUAAUGGCCAUAGUAAAAAAAAAAUGGAUUCUUCUUUCAUAAAUACUGCAAUAUCUUCUCCACUUAACAGCAGUAUUAUCUGCCUUUUCCAUAAUCCCCUCUUCUAAUAGAUGUGGAGACAAUAUUGGUUUUCUCUUAACUGUAGUUGCCUAUUCUUUUUUUCCCUUGCCUUUCCUAUUCCAAUCAUAUUCCAAUCAUUAUAUUCAUUGUACUUCCUUAUACCUUCCCUGGGCUCACCAUCACAAUUCUUCAAUUUAUUGUUUUUAUUUUCUUUCUUAUUAGCCAUACCUUAACAGUCAUCGUUUCCAUUUGAACUCGUAUCUUGAUAUUCCUCUGAUGUCUUUCUUUGUGUCUUCUUAUUUCCUAUGAACUGUCUCCGUUCCAGUCUUCCCUUACACAUCUUUACUGCUACUCUUGACCUAAAGUUUGCCAAGAUGCCUUCAAAACCUCCAUGUCUCUACUGCUAGCCAUGUUCUAUGCUUUACUUGACAUGUUCUUAGCUGAUCAACAAUCUCGCUUGAUCAAACUCAUCUGGCCUCUCAUUACUUUCUACUUUUUUCCAGUAUAUUUGUUACCCCAAAUAUUACUUAUUUUUUUCCCUGUUCAUGUAAACUUAAGUUCCUGUGUUUUUUCCCGUAAUGAUUUUAUAUUGCCAAUUAUGAACUCUAUGAAGGUCUGUCUGCUCAUUAAUGAUUGUAAUAUUGUAUUAACCCGAUUUGACUACCAUCCGUUCCAAGAUUGUAUUUGCUCAUUUAUAGUCUGUCUAGUGUGGAAAGGCCAGCAUUUAUGAAAUCAUAGUCUCAAAAUUUUCCCCAAAGAGCUCUGAAACGGUCUGUGAUUCUUUUUUUUUUUUUUUUUUGUGUGUGUAAGAAUCCUGAAUAUGUUAAUUCAAGUUUCUUGUUUUUGAACAUCUUUAUAUGCAUUAGUGAGACAUAUAGAGAUAUAGCUUACAUGAUGACAUGUCCAGGUGUGCGGUAUUUAGUGACCUCUACAUGUGCUUUCCUGUGCAGCAGCGGGAGGUGAUGUGGCAACUCUGUGCAGUGAAGAUUACCGAGGCCAUACAGUAUGUGGUGGAAUUUGCCAAACGCAUUGAUGGAUUCAUGGAGCUUUGUCAGAAUGACCAAAUAGUGCUGUUGAAAGCAGGUAAAUACACAGUUUCACCAACCCAGAAGGAGGCCUGGACACUUUUGUAGAUGUACCGUGAUCGUAUGUAGGGCUGUGUAAGAAUCACUAUAAAUCCACACUACCCAAUACCGUCUCAUUUUGUAUUACACUACAGACCAAGCUGCACCUUUGUACAUGUUUUGGUAAUUCCAGAAUAUUCAACAUCAUUGUAGCACUUAGUAUAUAGUUCAGUUGUGAAGUUCGAACGUAGUGGAAACAUAUGAUGGAGGUAUGAUUAGAGAAAUCAUGUGGAAUUAUACUGCAUAUUGACCCUCCGUUCUUGUCUUCUAAGAAUAUAUAGCCUUUCCUUAUGGAGUCUAGAAAUUUUUAUUGUAUAUCAUUGUAGGCACAAGGUUCCUGGUAACCUAAUGAAAAAUUCCAAAAGGUUAGGUGAUAAAAAAAGAAAUCUGUUUCCACUACUUGUGGACAACAAUAUAGACUUGCUGAGUAACAAUAUGACAAAAGGUUCGGUAACCCUGAGCCACACAAGAGCUUAGGGCAUUAGAGAACCUGCUGAGGAAUUCUACACCUUAGGCUUCCCAAAAUAAAACUGUUCAUAGAAAAGUGAAGAAAUAUAAUACCUAGCAUGUCCAAUGUAAUACGCAAAGCCUGAAACAAAGUUUUCCGUACAUAACUUGCUUCAUACAAUUUGGAAAGGCUGACUAAAAUAUGGAUGCUUAGAAAGGGAAUGGAAAAUGUCUGAGUGCCGAUUUGAUACCGCAAAUGUGGAUAGUUGUUGCUGAACCCUACAUGGGAAGUGAAUAGCAAAUUUCAAAGAUUUACCCCAGUUCAUCACACAGCCAGGUAUAGAAGAGGAGGUCUUUACAGCAUCAAACACAGCAGUGAGCGACAGAUUCAUCAACAAAAUGGUAAUGUCUUUGCCACAUGUUGAAAAGUUGUACCACUUUCCAGCAAUGCCUGACUAAUGUUAAGGGAUUGUCAAGUAAGGGAGAUAGCAGAGAAUAUAAGGGGAAAGGUGCAACCUUGAUAACCUGAUGGUAUGCAAAUACAUAUUAUGACAUUGAUUAAAUUGUGUUUUCUAGUUCGUGGACAAAAUAAACAUCAUGUAUAAUUUUGUUGCUGUUGCAGGCUCUUUAGAAGUUGUAUUCAUCAGAAUGUGUCGUGCCUUCGAUUCACAGAAUAACACGGUCUAUUUUGAUGGCAAAUAUGCGGGCAUAGAAGUCUUUAAAUCUCUUGGUAAGUGGCCCUAUUACAUACAUGCACAAUAUCACUUCUCUAUCCAGUUUCUUAAAGAGCAUCGUGUUAGUCUCAAAAACAUGGGUCCAGUGGAUAACUUGGUAAACCGUCAAAUGUGGUCUAGGUAACUUUUGAAACUGAAGUGACAAUGUCCGCAGUGAGGAUGUGAAUUUGCUUAGAGACUGGUAGCAUUAAUACUGUUGGAAUUGCACAAAAAAGAGAUACUGAACCAUAGUUAAUUUAUCAUUUAUCCUACUAAUAAUUAUGACAGAGUGAGCUUUAGGAAAUGUUUGAUUGACUGAUUCCUUUUGUGUAGUAACAGACCCCAUCACAAAUAUGUCUCUCAACUUGGGUACUUGGGUACUUGUAGAUAAUCAGUGUUUAUUAACAACUAGUUACACAGAUUUGGUUCCCAUGCCAUUUUAGUGGAUCCCUGUUGAUUGGAACAGGCACAUCAUAUUCACCAGGCCUUGGGCAACUCCCCCAAAUUAAGGUGUUUAGUGUAGCUUCUCCGGUGUUUCGUUAAUAUACAUUCUAUUCCAAUUGAAGAAUGGGUCACCAUGCUUAAUAUACAACUGAAGAACGAGGCUCCAAGCUAAUGCCAUAUUUUUUUUAACUAGGACUCCAUCAAAAAACGUUGCUUCACAUUCAAUAGCGGUAUUUUCUGAAGCCAAGUAAAUCGGUGUUUAAAAGGAGUAAACUCAGACAUGCCUAUGAGCAGCUUCCUCAUCUUAGGGCAGGGGUCGGCAAUCUUCAGCACUCUGGAUGUUGAGGACUACAUAUUCCUUGAUCGUUUACCGGCAUUAUGGCUAUAAGAGCAUCAUGGAAUAUUUAGUCCACACCAUCUGGAUAAACUUCAUUAAACCACUCUGCUCAUGUUAAUUCCUCCCCUUUUUACUCUACAGGGUGCGAAGACUUCAUGAGUUUUGUGUUUGAGUUUGGGAAGAGUUUGUGUUCUCUACACUUAACGGAAGAUGAGAUAGCGCUAUUCUCAGCCUUCGUAUUAAUGUCAGGAGGUAAGUGUGACCAUCACCAUGGAAGGCCUUUCAGACAAAGUGAAACUACUGCUAAAUGUUCCCAAUUGUUAGUUCUAUAGUUUUUGUCCUCUUGUCUCCACUAUUAUUUACGGUCUUCCACCCACCAUUCUUACUGUUGUUAAAGGAUUACUCCAAGCACCAUGACCACUUCACUGAUUUGACUUGGUAGCAGCAAACAAGCAUAGUAAAAGCAAGCAUUAUUGUACAAGAAGAUAAUAAGUUCCAAGAAAUUUCACUCACCUCUGCUUAUCCUCUCAACCCCGUGCAAUCCCUUUUCCAAUCUCAUUCCUUUGGAUUCUAUCCUUUCUUUUUCUCGUGUUUGCCCUACUAAUUUACAAGUUGCACUGAGAGGCGUUCGGGUUAUCUUAUAUGACAGGAUGCCCAUGGACAAGCCGUAAAAUCCAACAUCGAAUGACACAUUUCUGAUUUAUCAAAGUGAGCUGCGGUUGGCUUAUUGGCCCAUGAAUAAAUAGAUUAAUUGUUAAUAAUACCGCAGUGGAUCACAGUUAGAAGGUCAAAUGUCUUUGCACACUUUCAAACUGUACGUGAAGUAACAUGUUGUGAUCUUAUUUCUAUGUAUUCCUUUUAAUCCUCUAUGAAUCAAAUAAACGUAAAUAAAGAUUGUAAAAAAAUAAAUAAAAUUCCACUCACAAAUAUAUACUAUAUGCUAGUUGUAGAGAGUUGAGUUGCUUUAAAGGCUCAAUGGAGCCUUGUUGUAAAUGACUCCUGUCUAAAAGGCAUAUUCUAUCUUCAGACCGGUCUUGGCUUCAGGAAAAGCUGAAGAUUGAGAAGCUUCAACAGAAGAUUCAGCUCACACUCCAACAUGUUCUCCAGAAAAACCAUCGCGAGGAUGGGAUCUUAACCAAGGUGAGAGGGUUUUGGAUGUCGCUUCUUGGACAAGCAAUAAUGACAGAUAAAUAUAAAAAAAGUCUUUAACCUUCUGCUAAAAUAAGGAGGGACGGAAAUGUCCAAAUAUCAGCGGUGCUUAAACUUAUAGAAUUUUAUCUAUCUCAAGGGUAGAUGGAUAUGUUUUGAUGCUAAAAGCAAUGUUUUCUUUGUUUGCAGUUAAUAUGCAAAGUCUCAACCCUGCGUGCAUUGUGUGGUCGUCACGCAGAGAAACUCAUGGCGUUCAAAGCAAUAUAUCCAGACAUUGUGAGACAUCACUUUCCACCCCUCUACAAGGAAUUAUUUACCUCUGAAUAUGAGCCAGCCAUGCAACUUGAAGGAUAGAAUACCCUUCUACUAAUAUAUGGAAUACCCAACUGUUCGUAGAGAGAAUAAUCUAAUUCUAGUACACUGGCGUGUACGUAGAGAAGAGGAACCAAGACACUUUACGCAAACCUGGGUGCUGGAGGAGGGCGAGGGGGUGUUAUAAACAGACUAUUGUCCUUGACCUCUCUCACCCCAGGGAUAUUGUUUACAAGAGGUUAAGGAGAGAGCUUAUGGACCAACCGCAGGUCAGGCUGGUAAGAUAGAACCAAGCCUGCGUUUUUAACCAUGAGACUUCAGAAGUCUCUAGCAAUACAAAAAAAUAAUAUUUAUAUAUAGAUAUAUGUAUUACAGGGUACGUGGGCAUGAACAUUUAUGUGGCAAAAAAAAAAGAAAAGAAAAAAAAAAGAUAGCAUAUAAAGUGUAGGGACCGGAUUUAGGGUUUUUGUCCGGUCCGAUUCAAUAUGGCACUUUUUUGUUUCAUUUUGCACCUUUUGUUUUCUACUGCUAUUAUUUUCUCCAUUGUUUAGUGAUCUGUAAUUAUAAUUUUUUUUCGAUUAUGAUUUGUGCGCACAUCAGGCAUUGAAAUUUAGUUUAAAAAAGAAAAAAAAAGCAAUAGAUAUUUCAAGAGAGUUUUCGAGAGGUAACUGCUGCUGUUGUCUGAGCGUUUUGGUUUUAGUCGGAGAUGAGUGGUUAUGGCUGGUUCUAUCAUUUUGUUUACUGCUGGUGUGUGCACUGAAGAGUUUUUUUUAAACUAUCCCCUUCACCAUGAUGACGGGUCAGAUGUUUGGGCGUUUAAAGGAACAACCGGAUUGUGUCAACCUACAGGGAUAUGAACAAUCACCUCUAUCAGUAUUGCUCUUGCUUGCCUUUGUUGCUUUAUAAUGGGAGGUACAGAUUUCAUGCGCUCUCCAUAUUUGUAACCACUUGAUGCCUGGAUCAUAGUAUGUGAUGUGGCAGGUUUGGCUGUAGACCUUUACUCUGCACACAAACCUAUAGUGACCGUGGUUGUAUCCUUAAACGGGCCAAUCUGGUAAAUAAACACAUUCCAGGUUAUUAACUAAAAAAAAAUUUAAAAAAUCAACUGUCGAGCAUUGAAAGUUAAUUUAGAAAUUUAAGCCAACAUGGGAAAAUUCUCCAAAUUAGCUGGUCUUCAAAUUAGCGAUAUUGGCAAAAAAUGUUAAAAAGCACUUGAAUUCACACUUUAGUAAUUUACCCGGAUUGUGAAUCUCUAAAUGUAAUUAAGGCUGUGUUCCAGAUUAGUUCACCAUUCUGGCCAAUUUAAACUUUUCCCUGGCUUUCGUCACACUGUCUGCAUGCCUUAAUUUCUUCCUGUUGGCUGCUCUUCCCUCAUCGAGUGCCAGUCCCGGUGUCUCAUGCACACUUUGUCCUCUUGUUCCUGUCAGUUACAUUCUGAGGAUGUUUCCCAUGCACUCUGACCUUGCUUUUAUUUACAUUUAUUGUGGCAGGUAAUUUAAAAUGAUUUCUUGGCUCCUGUAAUUCACCUCUGACAUAGCUGCAAAAUGCCAACUUACAGCCAAACCAAGCAUGUUGGAAGGAGAACUGGUUUUGCAUCUCAUGUAAUUUGUGACCAUUAUUUAAAAAAUUAUCACAGACACACACAAAAAAUAUAAUUAAUUCUAUUGUAAUGUCUGAAACCCCAUUUUUCCAGUUGAAGCAAACACUGUGGUGCUUAUUGACUAAACAGUGAAUUGAUAAUCAAAUUGCAAUAUUUAGUCUAAAAUAGCCGCUUUUGAAAAAUCUCCUAUAGUCACAGAUUGGUUAUUUUAGCUGUAAUGCUGCGGCUCAGUUUAAGGGUCUCCACAAUUUACUGUUUAGUGAAUUAACCUUUGUGCAUUUCCCAGAUAGCAGUGGGCUAACGAAGCUGCCAGCAGAGAAGAAUUCUGAUCCCAUGGGGCCAUAGUAAGGUUACCAGUUUGGGCUUCCCCUUCAUUCUUCACAUUGGGAUGGUUAAUGGGGCCAAGAACCCUUAGUUUGAAUAGUACUGAUUAAAUUGUCUGACACCCACAUUUAACAGAAAUCCUUUGACUUUCCAAAUAUUAUCUGCUAUGUGUGUGUUACUGCAUGGAGGACUAAGUCUGUCUCAAGUAAGAUGUGGAAUUGAGUCUGUACAGGGUAAAAAUGCAUGGGUUAGAGGUCGUACCUACUUGAGGUGAUCUUACUCCUCCACCAGUAUGGCUGUUGCGCUGGAUACAUACAGAUAUGAAUGUAUUCACCUCCUCCCAAGUAUUUAAUGUACCUUCUCACAAUGCAUAGCUGGAUGCCUGUGAUUUGUUAUGGGAUGAAACAGGUGUGUGUGCAUUCUGUGAGGCAGCCAUAUUUGUAGCUUCUAUCUGUGUAUCAGGGUACUAGUAGGUCCAAGGACUUACAACACAAUACAUAGAAACUAUUACCAUACAGGGUUAUUCACUGAUCUUUAAAUUUCAAAUUUUGGGCCAAGAUAGUAAAGAAAGAAAAAAAGAAAACAACAUAAACCAUCUAAUCGAUCUGCUUUUGGUUAUCUAAUUUUGACAUAAAAUUCACUUUGAAAUUGUGAACAAUGGACACGUAAUAAAUAACAGUGGUUAAAAUUAAAUUAAAGGAUCACUCAUUGGUCUUGGGAUCUACAUGUUUCAGGCAAUGAAAACACAGCUUUGAUAGCCAUUUAGUCUAAAUGCCACACCCCGUGGAAAUAGCUAUUAUUUAAUAUAAAUGUUGAGAAUUGCAGAGAAAAGAUCCAAGUGGAGCUAUUUUCAGCUAUGCUGUUUUGGCCUAGAAUUUGCAAUUCCUUGGUAAGUUCUUCAUAAUUCCUGGUUUGGGAAUAAAGUGUAUUAAGAUAUGAUUUGGUGACACCGUUAUAAUGAGUGGGUGUCAGUAAGACCCCUGACUCAUGGUUGUUCCUCUGCGCCCUUUCAACCACAAAUGAAAUUUUGCGAUUCAGUGUGUGUGUGUGUUUUUUGGCUGCUUUAAGUGUUGUGCUGUGUGUAAUUAAAGUGGGGAGGGGAGAAAAUGACAAUAUUUAAUACAAAGCCUGGACCACUUUAGAAAACAAAAAUAAUAAUAAUAAUAAUUAAUAAAAAUGUCUAUUUUUUUAACCCUUGUAUAAAUAGUUAAUGGCACUUGAAAUAUUCCUGCAAUAAAAAAUGUGAUUUGUUUAGCGGACAUAACGAUAAAAAGAUUUUUGUAAUGUGAAAAAAAAUAAUACAAACUAAAGAAUUAUUGUAAAAAUUUUCUAAGGAGAAAAAAAACAAUCAAAGGAGAACUUUGUAUUUUAAUGAAAUUUGUCUAUGGUUCAAAAAAAACAAGCAAAAAAAAAUAACAAAAAUCUUCUUAAGUGUUUAAUUUUCUUACUUGUGCCAUAGCAGAAAUGUCAUUUUGUUUUGUUCUGACAUAAUUAUAAUGAUUUGUUAUGGGAGAUGAGAAUGUCUUAAUGAACAUGCUGUAAUCCACAGUGAUGCAGAGUAUCAUCUUUUACCCUAGACUCAAUAUAAUUUCCAUUUGAAGCUUUGAAAUGAAAGUACAAAGAAAAAUAAACUCUUAAAUACAAUGAUAAAUUAUCCCUUUUAUAUCAUGCCACGCUAGCAUACCAUUGGACCUUAAUGAGAAAACCAAUUAUUUUAAUUUAUGAAACCCAUUGUGCCCUGACGGUUAUGGGAUUAUUCAUUUACCACCAAAUUGUAGAUUGAAAGCCAAAUUGCAUACUUUAAAAUAGCUGAUUCUACAGCUAAGUUAUAGUUCCAGCUGUAACUUUUGACAACUGGUUUUUGGUUUUAUAAGUAGACUGUACUUGGCACUUCUGUGGAUUGCUGCAUGUUUAUUUGGCAUUAUUUGGCAUUUUGUAAACUGACUGUACCUACUUUAGAAAAGUCAUGUCUAAUCUUGGCCCAUGGAUGUAUGUGAGCUAAAUGCCCCACAAUGCUCAGUUAACCUAAAGGCAGGCUAAGCAUCAUGGGAAAUGGAACUCACGCUCGCCAUGCGUAUAAAGAUUGGCCAUCGCUGCAAUAGAACAUUCCAAGACGCUUUCUGUAACAGUUUAUUCUCAUUUUUUGUUUGCACUUUCCCCCUACCCCUUCUAAUGUGCAAUAUGUAUAUAGAAUGUGUUACAUAUAUAAAUAUACCUUGCUCCCUCAGGGAAUUACACAUCCAUCUCGUAAGGCAUUUAAAAGUCCGUGGGAAGGGGCAGCUCAACAUGUAGCUUGCUCGCCACCUUUUUUGCAAGGGAAAUAAAAUGUUGCGUACCUUUUAAUAUGGUGUAUGUCAGCCCCCUUCAUGCUGAGAGGUCCUUCAAUACACUCUACACAUGUUCAUUCUGGCAAUCUUUGCAGUCCAUAUUGUAAAGAAAAUGGGGAGACAUUUAUGGGGGUAAAGCACUGGUUGUACCAGCUGGUAUCACCACAUGCGAGGCUAGCCCUGGAGCUGAGAAAUCCGAUAUUGUGUCUCUUUGAGGAUCAGUCAUUACUUUGUAUUAAAGGAAUUACAUAGUAUUACUGCACGUUGUUUUCACAGCUUCUGUCCUUACUUUGCUUAAAGAGUUAGGAUUACAGGGCUCUGUCCGCAGUGUGUAGUGUCCUGUCCUUCGGGAUCAUGGCUUUUCCUCAAAGUAUAGAGUGUCUCCGGUGCCAAAGUGUGAGGAAAAACCAACUUCUCUUUUUAUUUAUGAUUACUUCCCUUAUUUUCAAACUGCUCUCCUGCAGUAUUAACUGUUCAGGAUAACUACUACUCUGACUUUGUUUCUUAAUUGUCCAAUAUAUAACAUUCUACCUAUAACUUCCACUGCAAACUAUCCAUAUAUAAUAUGACUUUUAUAACUCCAUUCUCACUCCUGACUGACACUUUUUAUCUCCUGCUGCUACUUUAACCUUUCAUUAACACCCAUUUCAGAGUUCUAACUUUAGUAGUUUUUCUCCUGUAAUAUAUUCUUUGAUUGUCAUUACGGCCAUAGUAGCUUUUCUAAAAGCUUCAGUGGCCAUUUCUUAUAACUCCUCUGCACAUAUUCUUAUACAUAUUCCCAUUAAAACCUCUUCUUAUUCAGUAUCCCACCUUCUUAUACCUCCUCCCAUUAUCACACCUUCCCGUACCUCUUCCCAAUAUCACAUCUUCCUGUUCCUCCUCCCAUUACCACAUCUUGCCGUACCUCCUCCCAAUAUCACAUCUUGCCAUACCUCCUCCCAAUAUCACAUCUUCCCGUACAUCCUCCCAAUAUCACAUAUUCCCUCCUCCUCCCAUUACACAUCUUCUUACCCCACCUUCCAUUAUCACAUCUUAUUGUCCCCACCUUCCAUUUUCACAUCUUCUUGUCCCCCUUCUAUUAUACUUCUUCUCAUACCUCUUCCCAUUACACGUCUUCCUGUACCUCCUUCUGUUACCACAACUUCCCAUAUCUCCUCCCAAUAUCAAAUUUUCCCGUACAUCUUCCUUUAAGACAUCUUUCCAUAGCUCCUUCCAGUACACAUCUUCCUGUACCUCUUCCCAAUAUCACAUCUUCCCUUACUUCCUCCCAAUAUCACAUCUUCCCGUACCUUCCUAUACUACCUCCCAUUUUCAGAUUUUUCUGUACACCCUCCCAUUAUCACACUUUUUUAUACUUCCUUUUAUUAUCACACCUUUCUGUACCUCCUUCCUUUGUCACAUCAAUGAAUAUUCCCUUUAUUAACUUCUUCUAUGUGCGAUUUAUGUAUGCACUAUGUGAAUGCUUCAAACAUCUGCAGCAUUUCCUCUAUUAAGUGCUCCUCUUAUGAUUUAUCUUCCUCCAACUUCUAAAACAGUUCUUCUAAACCUUUGGCUUUAUGCUAUAACUCCACCACUAACCACUUCUAUAUACGCUCUGUAAAAAUAUGUUCUCUGACUCCUACAACCACUCCUUGAAACUUGUCAUGUGCAUUAUAUACUGUAUCUCUACCACUAACUGCUCAUGUAUACCUUUCAGACCAUACCAGCUCGGACUCUUACCAACACUCUCUAAAUCUUAUCCCAGGCCAUGCAUUAACUGAUCCACUACCUGAGCCUCUAUAUCAACUCUUCAUAUGACUCCUACAAAUGCUUCCUGUAAUCUGCGAUUCUGUACUGUAUCAUCUUCUGACUCCUACAAACACUCAAUUAUUGUUGCAGUAUAGUCAAUUGAUUGUACAUUCACUGCCAACUGAUCCUUUAUACCAGGAGUGGGAAACCUUUGGCCCUCCAGGUGUUAAACAUCUGGAGGGCCGAAGGUUCCCCACCCCUGCUUUAUAUUCCCCUUAGAUCUUUAACUCUGACACCUACAAACACUCCCUAUAGCUCUUCCUGUAGACUAUGCUUUAAUUCCACCUACUUCCUCUCAUGUCUAUCCCAAGGACUCUGAGAUUUUCCCAGUGAUGCCUUUUGCAUCAGAUGGGUUCAAAGACGUGCAUUUGUGAAUAAUCUUAAUAAUAAAAUGCUGAUCUGCUAAGGUUUGGAAACCUAUGGAGAGCAAGAGACAGGUGACCUCUCCCUACAAGGCUACAUAAUGUAUUUCAGCCUUAUGAAUUAACCUUUUACUCUGCUCCUUUUACUUGCAUCUUUGAUCAUUUUCCACUGGCACCGUAAACCUUUUAUAUCUUUAAGAAAAAUGGAAAGAAAAAUAUAUAUAUAUAAAUAUAAAGUUAGUUCUGAAAGGUUAUCCAGCCAUAAAUACCUGAAUGUCAAAGCAAUAAAUUUACACUGUCUUUUAACUAUUGAAAAUACAUCUGCAUGUUUAAAUCUGUUUUGCUGUUUUAUUUAAUAUUUGUCUUUUCGAUCACGAAAGAUUUAACAUUUACGUUUUUUCUAUACUUGUUUUUUGUUAUUCUGUCUCUAGAUGGCGCUCUACAGCUUUUUUAAAAAAAAAAUGGAAACUCAAAAUUGAGAGUUUGAACUCUGUUACAUUUGCAAUGGGGUUAAAAUAUUUGCCCUAGAGUAUAUUAAUGAUGUUCCUUUUCAUAUUUUAGAACAGGUGCAUUUGUUACAAACCUUUAAGACCAUUACAAAAUAUUCCAAGUGUUGAGCAAAAUUUACCCAUAUUAGUAUUUGGGAUAAACUGGCGCCCUAAUUGUGGAAUCGAUAACAGUGAGGGGAAAAAAGUUGGUCCGAGCUGUUACAAUCAAAAUGUAAAUGCUGAUAUUGAAAGAUAUAUUGCUCCCAAAGAGCGUUUUUAAUUAAAAAAAAAAAAUCUCCUCCAAAAUCAUUUAUUAAAGUGAGACUGUCUGGAAAUCAAAUGAAAUUUCAAAUGUAAGGCCAAAGUAGCUGAGCAGAAAACAUAGUUGAGUUGGAGAAUGUUUCCAGUUGACUACUUUGGCCUAAAUUUGAUAUAAACUUUGAAUUUUCAACAACGUAAGCCCCUGGAAGGAAGGUGAACUAGAAUUGCAUAUAUGAGAUUCUGCAAAGGUUAAAGUAGGAGGCUGAAAUAUAAACCUUGCACUGGCUAUGAAAGAUUUAUUUUUUAUUUUUUUUGAAGCUUUGAUCAGUAAUUCCCUGCAUCUACUUCCACUCUGAGUUCUUUAUCAUUGUGCUGAUCUCUCUCGUUUUUGCUCCAAAAAAGGGACAGGCCACUUCUUCAACCCCACUAAAAACAGUUUUUUUGUUUUGUUUUGUUUUAAGCUUGCUGGAAAAGCAAUAAUUUUUUUUUUGCUGCUGAAUUGUUUAUUUGAACAUUUCGAUGUUUCUCAGUGCCCCCUCCCCACCCCCCCACACGUGCUUCGUGUUGACCUGAAAUGUCUUAGAUAUAUUUUAUUCUAUAUAUUUAAAUAAAUCUGCUGAAAAGAUAAAAAUGAUCAACACAGGCUAAGAUAAGUUUAAAAAUGCUUUUUUUGAAGAUCUGACUCGUAUAGUGACAGCAGGGCAAUAAUAUACAAGAAGGAAAUUUCACGCGGACAUAAGGUCUUAAAGCACCACCAAAGUCACCUAGACCACUUCAUCUCAAUGAAAUGGUCCUAUAAUUUUAACCCUGCAACUAGGACACUAUAGCAUUCCAAAUACAGGUUUGUCAUGUCAUGAUUCCCUUUUAUUACAGAAGUUUGGUCCUUAAGGGGUUAAAUUAUUUUAAAAGACCAUAUGGUAAGGAUGGUAUUAAAUGUCAUUAGCUUUGUAGGAGAUAACUAUUGGAAUCUGGCUGUACCUGAAUGGGAGUUGUAAUGCUCAGUAUCUGAUGUGGAACUUGUAGAAAUUCGCAAUUAGGAUCCCAGAAGUUACAUUUUGCUUUGGGACGGCUACAUGUCAACCACAUAGACCCCAAUCUACCAAGCGAGAGAGAGAGAGAGCCAGCACCAUCAGAUACCUGAUGAUAAAGGUGCAAAGUGGAACCAGAUACAUGGGAUACAUAUAAAUACAAACAGACAUGGGCUUGUUAGAGCAACAUGCACAAAAUUUAUAAUAUAUAUAUAUAAUGUAGGAUAUUACUUAUGGGUAUUGAUUUCUUUUUAGGUCAAUUACCAAUCGUAUGUUGGAACAAUUUGAUUUAACAUCAGGCAGGGCUAUUCAGUAAAGUGAGUCAAAGGCAAAGUAGCCAACGUGGAAUCAAAGCUGAUUUUUUUUUUCUUCAUUUUGACCUUAAUCUUGGCAUUUACUUUCAAUUCUCACUUUUUUUCUUUAAAGCAGUUUUUAAAGGGCCACCAUGCAAAACAUUACCCCAUUACAAUGACAUAUUUAGGUUCAAUUCCCUUUGCUUUUGGGUAGCAGUGUGAUCAAACUCCUAAUUGUGCACUAUCCAUUUCGGUUACAGAAUAGCAUAAUGCACCUGGGUAGAGCAGAUCCUUUAAGCUUUGUUUGUAUAGAUUCUAAAAUAAGAUAAUAUAUAUAUAUUUAAAAGCAUCGCAGUUUACUCCUUACUGCUGGAGGGAGGAACCGAUGGGUUAUAUACACGCAAUCUUUCCUACUCAGUGAAAAUAUAUCCACGUUGGCUCCAACUCUGUAUGUGAGAGACCCUCCCAGAAAUGUACUCCGAGGUCUCUGAUAGUGAAAUGGGGUAUUGGAUAUCACUAUAUGCUGUUUAAAUUACUUUUUACUAUAUAAUCAAAUCUGUUUUCAGGCCUCAUUCAGCCUGCUAACUUUUUGUGUUAAUCUUGUGUGGUGCUAGCUUACAGUAAAUAUUUUGUGAACAAAAUUUAAGAUCCCACGUUUCUGGGUCUGUCUGUUUUAAAAUAUGUUAUAUAUUUGCAUAUUCUUGUACUUAUGUAAAUAUAUCAUAUGUCCCUGGCAUGCCAGUAUCUGUAUCAGACACCAAGGGCCAGGGGAUUCUCCUCUAAAUACAAUCAAUCUGUAUAUUAUUCUGCAAUAAAUUUAAUCAGGAUCUGAC